AUGAAACGUACAGACCUGGGCUGCGAUGUGACGCGACUAGAGGUCGUCCAAUUACAGUUUAUGUGAGGAUAUUCAAAGUAAAAAAAAAAAGGUCUGCAAAGAUUUAUUACUUUACGCACAUUAAAAUCUGAAACAUGUGGUUGUCCCGUGAUCAGCAGUUUUAUAGUGUUUUUGAACGAAUGAGGUGAAAGGAUCAGAUAUGACUCUGUCUGUGUCUCUGCCACACUCUGUCUCUGCAGUGAUCCAUUCUGUGUUUUAUCCCACACCUUGAUAUAAUCAUAAUAAUUGCCUCCUACUCCUCCUAUUAGACCUAAUUAAUUCAGCACAGUUAUGAGACAUAACGUGGAUCUGUGUGUUAUUGCCGUCAGUCUUUCUUUCCUUUACUGUGGUUGGUAUUUUGUCUGCUGACAAGGUCCGCUUUAAUUCACAGAUUAACUGCAGAACUGUAACUCAAGGAUCAUCAGGCUCCAUGUUGUCAAAGCAAAGUCAUAUUGAACAACUUCAUUUCAGUCCCUGAUCUCUUGUGUCAGAGCGCAGCCUAUGAGUUUGUUAUCAUCAUUCAAGGUGUUGUAAAAGUUCAAUUUAAAGCAGGAUCGCAGAAUCUGAUCACGCAUGAAUACCGGAGACUCAAGGAUGAUGCAAGGUAUGAACAGCCGCUCCUGCCUGGGCUUUUAACUCGUUUUACUCUCUCUCUGCCCUCUUUCCUUCUCUUUUUAAAACAAAACACAUGAGAGCUUUCUGGAUGGGCAGGGGAGAGUGUUAUCUGCAGUAAGAGGGCAAAGGAAACUAGUAAUUGCAAUGUAGUAAUGUUGUAAAUGAAGAAGAUUCUAGGGCUGGGCGAUAAACCAAAAAUUUACAGAUACUGAAUUUUACGACAAUAACCGUCAUUUUGCCCAGGUGAGGAGAUGGAGGACAGUUCAAAAGUUGGAGAGGCUGCUAAAGUAACUAGUUAUCGUCCAUUUAUCGUCAUCGAGGUGAACUGCUCAAUAUAUCGUGAUAUUGAUUUGAGGCCAUACUGCCCAGUCCUGUAAGUCGCAAUAUAUCAAGACUUCUUACUUUAAUCCAUACCCCUAAAACAGACUAUGAGCAGACUACGACUCUCCUCAUGAAUUUAAACAAAGAUGAUUUUUUUGUACUCUGAAGCCAGUGCACUGGAGCAGCUGCCGUCACGUGAGGUACCAGACUUUUUUAAAGUUUGACAUCCUGGAGUAAAGCGGUCAUGCAGCUCUUAUAGUCUCCAGACUUUGUGCAAACUUAACAGCAGACAAUAGUUGGCUCUUGGUUGGAUGCAAAACUUAACCACCUCACGACACCAGGAGAGCUCCUCACGUUUAUUUAUCCUGGCGCACGCUAAGGUGUUGACAUCUGUCUUUGCUAGGGACAAAUGGGAGCUCACAGAAGCAGCUGUGGCAGUCCUGUACCACGAUUAUUAAAAAUCUAAGUUUCAUUAUUACAUUCUUAUGAAAUCAAAAGAUGGUAAGAUAGAGGAGGAUGAAUUUGACUUGAUUUAGACUUCGAGGAACAAAGAGUUUCUAUGAUCCAGUUUAUACAACAGGGUCACUUAAGGUAACCACUUGCCAAUAAAACCUCCCCUAGAUCCCACAUGAAUCACUUCUGCUGACCUUCGACCCUGUAGAAAGGGCAGACUUAAUCCCAGCUUGGCCCUCUGCUCUCUACGCCCAACAAAACUCAACACCACCUCAUCAUUCUCGGCUUCGAAUACAACCAAACUGAUCAAACCCAACGUGACCCUGGCUGGUCCAGAUGUGGUAGAGAACACUGCCGGUACAGUAUUUGCUGCUUAAAGAAAAGACGGAUCAAUGGGAGAGUGUGUCUCCACUGCAAGGGUAAGUGUAGCUGCAGGGUGAAUCUAAUGACAGGGGUAUUCUCUGCAGACUCCCAGCCACAGAGAGAGAGAGAGAGAGAGACAGGGAGGGAGACUGAUGGUGAAGCAAAGCGGACAGAAAGGGAGGGAGCUGCUUACUUUCACACCAACUGAUGAGAGCUGCUGUCAUUGAGUCAAUAUUUACUUAUUCUGAACACAAAAAAAUUGGCAGCAUUCACUCAGCUGAAUUAGCAGCGAGGAGAGGAGCAUCCUGGUUUGCGUGAGAGGUCGAAAAAGAGAAAAACAGCACUUCAGUGAUUAAUUAAUUGUUGCUUAGUUUCAUGCGGGGCUCUAAAAAUAUCUAGCUACCGAGCAAGAAAGGAGAGCUAUUACCCACCUCUGCACUCUUUGUUUCUUUUCCUCCUUCUCAUCUUUAAAUGCACACACGCUCGCACUGUGCACACUCACUUUACCCGUGGCUCAGUCCACCGUGGGGAUACAUGUGAACGCAAUUUGCACUUCCAAUUAAACUGUCGACCUUCGCUCCAGAAUGCAAAACUUGAUUUUGCACCAUCCUCUCCUGGAUAGCUAUUAUUACCCAGCCAGCCCAGUAAUGGAGAGAACGGGGCUUCACAAUUCACUGACAAGGAGGAUUGAAGUCAGCAAAAUGAUCGGUGCGUUUGUCGCUCUGUCAAUAUUUGAGGGGGAAUUAAGAAACCCACCGUGACACUGAGAUGCUCAUUGAUUGUAUUUGGUCUGUUUAUUUUUUUAUUUGUGUGAAAACAGAAAGGCCAAACCACCAUAUCUUAAGUAAUGCAUUAGUGAUCAGGCAGGGAAAAUCAGCUCUGUUUGUGGGAUUAGAAAACUCUUCAGAUCGAUAACUCUACUUUUUUCCAAGGUUAGGAUUUAGUCCCAAACUUUUCGAAUCAACUUUUCUGUGAAACUAUCCACACUUAAAACUUCAAAAUUAACUUUUAAUGCGUAUCAUUCUCAAAGUUGCUUCAGAAAAAGUAGAAGAACUCAGUGAGUGAAUUACUAGAACCACAAAAACCUUAAACUCUGUGUUUCUCGGAACAAGACGUCAAGUAUUUCAACCGGAGUUGACGCUAGCAGGGUUUUAGUGCUGGACAGUUUUUUUUAAAAGAGCCCAAAACAUUGACGACUCUUCAAAAUAAACCAUCAGAGUAUUCAAGACUGGGUAAACUAGGGCUGUCCCGAUACAAUAUUGAUAUUGGAUAUUGAUCCGAUAUCAGCAAAAAUCAAUAUCGGAUUAUAUCGGCAUGCAUCUAUAAUCUCUGAUAUCAGCACCCCAAUACAAGCAGUCCAUUCCAGACUCCGCUCUGGCUUCUAUUUGGCAGCGCUUGGAUCCAGCAUGCAGAGUCCAUGUAAUCACAACAACAGUGUGCACUAAGGUACUAACAAAGUAGCAAGGAUUUGGAGUGACGUCGGGUGUGUGGCAGUAUUUUUUGUUAAAGUCCGAAAAAGACGUUGCAGCUCAAGUUUGUGCCAAUUAGGGUCAAUGGUAUCGGCCAAUACUGAAGGCUACAAUAUUGGUAUCGAAUCGAAAGUAUAAGAUGUGUAUCGGGACACCCCUAGAGUAAACUAGCCUUGUGUUAAAAAACAGCUUUUCUCAAAUGCGCUUUCGCAGAGCUUCAAAGCGUACUUCUUGAGCUUGAGUUGUUAAAUCGUCCGGCAGACAGCCUGAGCAUAUGGCAGACUGACGAAUGUGUCUCACAGGUAAAAUAGGAGGCUGAUGUAGUUGAUUGUGUUUGGUUAUAAACUGGAAAAAAGAGGAACAAAUAGAUGAAGCCGUGUACUGAACAGCCAAAUCCAAUAUGAGCGAUAAUCUCCGAGUCAGGUACAUCCCUGUCUGUUUUUUUUAGCGGUGAAGCCAAAGCCAGUUUUCAUAUUGUAAACUCCAAAGUCUCUUAUCAGAACAUAAAACCAGUGAGCCAUAAAUGUGUCGGAUGUGAUGUCCUUUUUUUUUUUUUUCGUGUUUGUUAGUUUUGUUUGUUUUGUAGAUCUGCAGCUUGAGGACUUGAGUUGACUUCACUCUGAGAUACUUUGAAAGACUGAUCAGUAAACAGCAGAAAAGAGCGAGCUAGUGUUAGCCUAAAGCAGCUGCCGAGCCUCUAACUCUAACUCAGCUCCAACACAUGACUGGCUGGUCAGAUCAGAUGACUCGAUUAACAGCAGGAAUGCGGCUUCUUCCUCUGUCCACAGCGCCGCUCUUGUCUUACUGGGAAUGUAAGAAAGGGAUGUUGUGUUGCCAUGAGUAUGGAUAUGUGUGUGUGUGUGUGUGUGUGUGCUGCAUGUGCCAGUAAAGAGUCUUAAUCAGCCCACUACUGUAUGAGGAAGCAAGACUAAGCAAUUAUGUAACAUCUAGCAGCUGAGCUUAUCAUUUAUCCUGCUCAGCUAAGUUGAAAUGCAGAAUGUGGAGCACAGCACAAUUGUCCUUAUUUUAUUAUUGACUUGCAUAAUCUAAUGACUGCGAGGGAGACCGCCGGCUUUCAUACGGAUACUGCGAAGUGGAGCACAGGGAGGUUUUCAACAGGAGCCUAAUUUGUGCCUCUUCUUCUUAGUCUGUGAUCUGAACACAAAGUCAACCUUUAUGUUGGUUUUACAUCCAGGCGUUUACUUGUCAUACAUUUUAAAGCACACUGUCUGGACUUUAGGAGCGAGGAAAAACAAACAAAUUUAAGACGAAGCAUAAACACAGGCUCUAACGGACAAACAGUUCCCUAACAUGGAUUUCCGACCAGUGCCAGAUAUGUCAAAAGCCCUCGGCCAUUUUUCAUCCCACACUCCCCUUCAUGUCAUUUAAACAAACCUAAGGGCUUAGCACAUGAAUCCAUUAGAGAGCUUUCAUAACAAACUCUGAAAGUAAUGUAGAGUUUAGAGAAGAGCCAACAGUGAAGAGUUUUGGAGAUUUGACGAACGCUAAAAGACGAGGAGGAAAAUAAAGUCAAUGUCAAUUUUUUUUAUUAUCAUGCGUUAUUCACUUGUUGAAUCCUGAAGGCAGUUACUCAGAGGGAAACCCUUUUUCCAGCAGCAUCAUGUGUCCCCCUCUGCUGACUCAGGUCUUAUCUAAUGCUGUGAAUAGGCCUGGGCGAUUCGGCGAAAAAAGUGAUCACGAUAUAUUUUGUUGUAUCGUUGAUCUUGAUUAUCACGAUUUUUUUAAACUGCCAGUUUUAAAGCAUCUGUACUAAAAACUAAAGAUACUAGAGAUUAAUUCAACAUUUUAUUAACAUACAAAUUAAAUAACAAAGAAGAAGAUACACUUAGAAAAAUAUUAAAACCAUUUUAACUCAACAGGACGACAAAUGUAGAUAAAUACUAAGUUUAUACUAAAUACUAAGAGUAUUUUUGCAGGUAUGCAAGACCCAAAAUAAACAAAUCGCCCCUCAGAGAUAAUAAAGAUGCCUUAAAAUGUAAACUUAAGGUGAUGUAAACAUGGAGUUUACUCUGAAUCCACUCAUCUGUACAUGGAUUUGACUAACAUUAGCUUCCACACUAGUGCUGCUGUGAUAUGCACCAUUAGAUACUAGACUAUUUCUUUAAAAUUUUUUAAUCUAGGCUUCCAUCCAUCUUUUUUUAAAACAAAAAUGCCCAUCCAUGCUGGAGCCAAUCAAAGCACAUUCAUCCACGACUUAGUUCAUUAGAUAGAUAGACAGACUUUAUUGAUCCCAAACUGGGAAAUUCUGUAAAUAUUUGCUACUAGAUAAUAUUGCCGUAAUUAAUUAAUUGCAAUUAACAUGUUGAAGAACCCUUAUUUGAGUGAAUGAGAAUUAAAUCUACAUUUGAAUUUAGAUCUAUAUUUAUCUAUAUUGAAUUUCCUUUCAGGGAUUAGUAAAGUUUUUCUUAUUCCUAUAUUUGUUAAACUGACUCAUUGUUCUGCGCUGACGUACAGGGAGAGAAAAGGGAGAAAAGUUUGACUCUCAAACCUGGGUCUGAAGUUUUAGGAUGAAUUAGUAAAGCUUGAAUAUGACAUUACCCUGAACUACAGGAGGCUUGUAUCAUAAAUGUGUCUGAUGGCAGCAGAUACUGUAUAUAAUACUCGUCGUCAACAUUAGCCGAGGUUUAAUGGUUUUCUGUCAUUGGCUGUGAAGGGUUCGGCUCUGUGAUUGCACCCUUGGAGCCUUGAUACCUUUGCUGCUAAUGCGAUCUCCUAAUUAGUCUGCACAUUGGUUGAUGUUAAGUACUCUCCUGUUGUGUGCGCAGAAAGACCCAGACCUAAUUUUGUACCUGUUUAAGACCGCCAUCCAUCACUCUCUGAGGCAAAACUAUGUGAUGCUCUCUCUCUGUCUUCUCUGUCUGACUCACUGAGUAGAAAAACUCCUCUUCCUCUCACCUUUUCUCUCUCGCUGCCUGGAUUUUACCCUCUCUCUCUCUCUCUCUCUCUUGCCGCCUCUUUCUCAUUUUCGGCCCUUAGGGAGCUGGCUCCUGACAGCAUCACAGAGAAGAGAAAAAAAAGGAAAAGUUAAAGUGUGUGUGAAAUGUUUGAGUUUGUGUGCAUCUCUCUCUUUUUGUCUGACUGCCUUUUUGUCCUCCACUAUUGCUCUCUGCUUCUCUCAGGACGCCUCUCUUAUUUUCUUCACCUCCCAUUUCAAUUUCAUCCACGUCCUACCGAGGAGACAGUCAGAGAAAGUGUUGUUUCAUGUCACUCAUCCAUUCAAGCCAGAGCUGGGGUUUUGCAUGGUUUGCCUCCUUUUUAUAUUUCUUCACUUAGAAGAAAUAGAUUGCAUAUUUUACCAGAGCUGCAAUAUUAAGACCUUGGGGGAAUUUAAUCCAGCUUUUCACCAUUUAUAAUUCAGAUGGUGAAAUUGAUACAGAUAACCCAAUCAUUACAGUGUUCAUUCAAUCUGAAUAGAGAGUUAGGGGCAUACAGAAUACUUAUUUAGUUAAGAAAUGCUUUUUUACCGCCAGAGAGAUCAAAAUUUGUCCUCCUAAACAAUCAAAACUGCAACACAGUGAAGGUGAGAGCCUCAUACAAGCUUGAAAACGUCCUUCCUGCAAGGUCGUUGAGAGGACAAUUACCACGUUUAUGACUGAGCACAAAAUAACAACCCGACAAAGAAAGGACCUGAGUCUCUUGGCACAGAAAGAAGUGUGUUGUGUGUUUUGGAUGGCUGUAAGGGAAGGAAGUCGUACCGCAGCUCUGUAACUCGAUCCCCAAUCUCCUGACCAGGACUGUUAGUUUUUCGAGGAAUCAACUCUGAACCUGACGUGCGAAUGUUUGGAGAUUUUUUCCAAGCCUCUGUCAAGGGGCCUGCUGUAAACUAUGGCGUGGUGUUGUACACGUGUCGUUGCCCCUUUGCUGGGUGAUACAGAAGGCUACUUCAUGCAGCCUAAAGCAUUGGUAAUCAAAGACAUUGUUGGUUGACUAAAACCCUGAAAUUUUCAACCAAAAAUCGACUAAUGGAGGGGUUGUUCCGACUCUGAUGGUGGGGGACGACGCGGCUCGACCGAUAUCUUUGACAUGGAUGGUAGAGGAGGACUAACAUGAAAGUUGAAAUGCUCUAAAUAAAAAUAAAUAUUCAGCAAACCACCGGACGUUGAUUAACGUGGACGCUCUUCAAUCUUCUUGUCUCCAGCCGGUCUCCAGUGGGUUGGGCGAAUUCAAAAUGGUGAAAACAAGGGAGGUGUUCUGAGACAGGCUGUUACCUGUAAAAACGGGGGUUCCCUGGAAACACCCCCAUUAGCACUUGGUACGUUCCUCCUGAUGAAGUCAACCUUAGACUGUAGAUUGACAUGGAAACAAGUCGAGUCGACCUAUCAGAAUUUUGGCCAAUUCAUCACAUUUCGACCAAUAACUUGACUAGGACUUUACAGCCUUACUGGUAAAGUGUAAUCUCAUGAGUUCAAAUGGCUCAUUACAGUUUAGAUAUAAACUUUUACCCCAAAGUUUGAGUUUCAGAUAAAAAAGUGACAGCCCUAAUUCUGACUUUGGCGCCAAAUGUAAGAAAUGUCUGCUGCAUGGAGAAUUUGGCUUCACUUCACGGGGAGAAGGUGGAGACACGUUGUCCUGACAUACAGCUCGGUUACUCUUCCCUGUGUGUUUAGAUUCUGACAGAAAUUAAGAGAGUGGUAGAGUGAACUCCCACUAUUUUUAGAUCUCUCUUCUUUAGCACUUUCCAAUCUGUUGACCCCACUUUGAUGCUCCAAGAACUCCUUAUGGGACACAGCUGCGUGAUAAACAGGGGGCGGGGUUUUCUCAGAGGGUUCCUCCGGUCAGAGGAAUGGUGUUGCUGUAUUUCCCUCCUCGAAUGAGUCUCUAAAGAGCGACAAAGAAGCUAAAAAAAAAAAUAGCUGAUGGUGACUCUACACCCAUGGGUGUGGUCAUGGCAGCAAACCGGCUAACAGAGAGUCCCACAGAGAGCUGCAUGUCCUGGUUCCAGCUGGGUCGAUAUCCUGACUUAGAGACAUAUGCUCGAUCCUCCAGUCAUUUUUCCUCACACCUUGACAAGCUUAUAAAAACCUUGUGGUGGCCGUUAGCUAUUUACUUUUAUACUUACAUUUAUAUAACAGCGUGUUUAUUUUCACAAGGCUCUGUUCAAGGCUUUACUUCCAAGUCCCAGCUGCUUCCUAACUCAAACUUCGCCUAGUGUGUGUACAAGUUUGGUGCGUUCAGGUGCUAUUUUAAGACCUGGCUAUUCCUGGUAUCAACGAUAAUGUCACUUCCCCCCGCCAUAUCCCAUCUUAUGAUACCUGUAGGAGUGUGUAUGUGUGUGUUAACAGUGCUGUCUUUUUAAUCAGCACCCCUGUGUGGUUCCCCUGUGGAGCUGUCAGCGGUUGAGUGAUGAUGGUGGAGCCAGUGUUUACUCUAUUUAAAUCCUCUGGCAGGUGGGGGUGAGAUUACCUGCCUCUUACUUGUUGCCCUGAUCAAGGGAAUUAUUACUGCACCGCUGGAUGUUACUCUGAAUAGCACCCUCUAAAAAUAUACUCUUAAAGGGAGGGUGGAGGAAGAAGAAGAAGAAGGCCUGUUAGGUAAUCGAGCUCAUUCCCCCCUUUGUUUGAUGUCGAGUCCAUCGCUGGACUCUCCUGGUUGGAGGUUUCCAUGGUAGCGCUUUUGCAGGUAGAAGUCUUCUUUGUUCAAACUGAAGGAGUCUUACUUUAAAAAUACAAAAAUAGAAAAUAACAUCUGAAGAACCAGCAGUGGUUUCACUUCGAACCUGUUACUCUGUCAGGUUUUGCUGUAUUGAGAAGGUCUUAACUUGGAAUUAGACUCUAGUGCCGACAGGGAGGAGAGGUUCAGUCGAUUCUUUGACCUGCACUCGAAGGAAAAAUCUGCAGCAUGCGCUCAGGUUGUGUAAUACUGCAAUAAAAAAGAAAUAGAGCAAUAAAUACAAUAAUUAGUGUUGUCAUAACAACAGGAGUUCACCAGUAAAAUAAAUAGAUACUUGAUACUUGGAUACUUUGAAAAUUCUGACCACUUUCAUAAUAAGUUAAUGCUUUAGAUUCCUUUCAAAUACCAGACCUGUUGUUUACUUUAAUCACUCGGUUUUGGUUUAAAACAACGUCAGAAGUCUUCUUCUAGCUAACCUCAAAGUCCCCACCAAACUGACACCAAUUAAUCCAAAGACAGAUGAGAGCUGGCACGGUCUUUAUUUAGUCACCCUGAUGUUGUAAAUACACGGUAUCUGGAACUUCCUCUGGUAGAUAAACUCUUCCCACUCUUGAUUAUAAAUGCAAAGGCUCAUGUCCUUUCUUUUUUAAAACAUAGAGAAAGUAGAUAUUUCCAAGUCCAGUAAGCUUCUUUUUUCACCAUGAAGUUCUGAUUCUACUAUCAAACUCUUUGCUUCCGUAUACAAACUCUUAUCAUAGCUUCCCCACAGUCCUGUGACCUGCCUGAGGGAAUCCCAGCAGCUGAUUCACUGUCAGAGAGCGUUUUAAACCACACUUCUGUUGGAAAACAUACCCCCAUUUUAAUGAAGUGUCCUCUCUCUGCCUAUCUGUUUGUUUACUUAGCUGUCUAUCUCUCUCAGGAUCCUACUGUCGGUUCUCACCAAAACGCUCAGCGGAACAUAAAUACUGCCUUCUGCAUACAUGACACAGUUUCCCUUUUUUGGUGCAGAGCGUACCCACUGAUCCUCUCCCCUGGCUGAAGAGGCCUGUGAACAGCUCUCGGCCAGUGAGGCCACUUGACAUGUCCAAUAUUUGAUCCACAUAAGCUGCCACUGUGGGAGAGGCCCAUCCACAUGAAGAGGAGAGGGAGAGGGAGAAGGCAGAUGGUCCCAAAGACAGAGUGGAUGGAGCAGGAUCAAUACAGAGUGGAUCAUUGACUAAUGAUCUGUCCAAGAGAUGUUGACUCCUACAACCAGUCCCUGAUUACUAUUUGAUUUUUUUUGUUUGUUCAGCUCUUUGACAGGGUAAAUGAUUUUACGUAAAAGUCCCAAACAGCCAGUUUGAUUUGGAUUAUAGGCAGCUCAAUAACAGACAUGUUGAGGUGUCCUGCUGUUCUUUACAUUAUCAGUGGCAAAGAGAUGCUCCAUAAUUGCAGAGCUGCCAAGCGUCACGAUUUUAGUGUGACAGUCACGCAAUUUGACCCAUUCUCACACCACAAGCUACACUUGACAUUUGUCACGCUUACAUUUCCCCAUUCAGUACUCUGUAUUUAUUUUUUUAUGAUGAUAAAAAAAGGCUUGCAAUAGUUCGAGUGACUCUGAUUGACUGACUGAGAUAACCAACCACAGACCAAUCUAUCAGUCCUUUGUGCCUUAAUCUAAACAACCGCAGAACAACUUAAGGCAGGUUUUGACUUCUCUAAGUGUCUUGUCCCUAGCUAAAUGAUGAAGAGUUGGUUUAAAUGCUAUAUUGACGAAUAAAUGUAUUUUGUCCAGUUCUUGUCUUUCUAAUUUCUGGUUGAUUAAGACUAGCAUUAGGAGGCCGCAGUGCAGGAAGGCAUUGUCUCGCUGAAAUAAGCAGGGGCGUUCAUGAAAAAGACGUUGUUUGGAUGGCAGCAUAUGUUGCUCCAAAACCUGUAUGUACUUUUUAGCAUCAAUGUUGCCUUCACAGAUGUGUAAGUUACCCGUGCCUUGGGCACUAAUGCACCCCCAUACCAUCACAGAUGCUGGCUUUUGAACUCUGCGUCGAUAACAGUCCUGAUGGUUCUUUUCCUCUUUGGCCCUCGAGGACACGACGUCCACUAUUUCCAAAAACAAUUUAAAAUGUGGACUCGUCAGACCACAGAACACUUUUCCACUUUGCAUCAGUCCAUCUUAGAUGAGCUCGGGCCCAGAGAAGCCGGCGGCGUUUCUGGAUGUUGUUGAUAAAUGGCUUUCGCCCAUGUGGUGAUAUCCUUUACACACUGAUGUCAGUUUUUGAUACAAUGCCGCCUGAGGGAUCAAAGGUCACGGGCAUUCAAUGUUGGUUUCCGGCCGUGCCGCUUACGUGCAGUGAUUUCUCCACAUUCUCUGAACCUUUUGAUGAUAUUGUGGACCGUAGAUGUUGAAAUUGUACUUUGAGAAACGUUGUUCUUAAACUGUUUGACUAUUUGCUCACGCAGUUGUUCACAAAGUGGUGAACCUCGCCCCAUCCUUGCUUGUGAAUGACUGGGAAUUUUUGGGGAAGCUGCUUUUAUACCCAAUCAUGACACCCACCUGUUUCCAGUUAGCCUGCUCACCUGUGGGAUGAUCCAAAUAAGUGUUUGAUGAGCAUUCCUCAAAUUUCUGAGUAUCUUUUGCCACCUUUCCCAACUUCUUUGUCACGUGUUGCUGCUAUCAUAUUCUAAAGUUGAUUAUUAUUUGUAAAAGAAAAUGAAGUUUAUGAGUUUGAACAUUUAAUAUCUUGUCUUUGUCUUGUAUUCAAUUGAAUGUAGGUUGAAAAGGAUUUGCAAAUCAUCAUAUUCUGUUUUUAUUUACAUUUAUCACAGUUUCCCAACUUCAAUGGAAUUGGGUUUUGUACAUCAACACACCGCUCGGUGUUAAUCCAGCUAUGAUAUGAGUGCUCAUGAGAUUCAGAUAGAAGAGCAUCUCUAAAGAUGGUUCCCCUGGGAACGACACAUCCUUCAGGAAAUGGCCAUUCAGGAAAUAAUAGACGGAGAGCUGGUGUGAAUUACCCACCAAUGGGGAUGGCUGAAUAGAAACUGUUUCUAGGAUGAUAUCCUUGGAUGCACAGCAGAGCAGUUUGAUAGCUGUACUUGCUGACAUCUGAAUGGGUUUGUCGCUUGUAUUGUAAUGUGUAUUAACUUGCUGAUGUUAGAUUAUAUUUAUAUAUAUGUAAAUUGUUACUCAAAAGUCUCUUUGAAAUACAUCUAAAGUGCUCUGGAUGAUAAACCUUCUGCAAACCGGAACAAAGGCGCUGGCAACAGGAUACACUUUCUAAGAGAGCUUACAAAACUAAACAUUAAUACGAUAGCAGCACAAUCCUGGAUGUAAAUACACUCUGCAGAGCAGCGGCUUUUCCUCAUUUAGCCGUUGAAAUCCAGCCUUCUGUGUCUACAUUUAUCUGGCGAAGUUUAUCUUGCAGAGAGCUUGUAUAAAGAAACCGUUACUGCCUCAGUCCCUGUCCCGAGGUGCCGAAAGACACAUGCAGUGUCUUGGUCACAUCUAAGCUCAGGAAAUGUUGGGAAAUUUGUCUUGCCUUCGGUGCAGACGUGAAGGUCUAAAAGGGCUUUUCAGAACGCAGAUAAUCCUUUUUGUUAUCUAUAGUUUUCCACCUCUUUAACUCCUCUGCCUACUUGUUCCUUUGACCCAAUCUGUCCUUAACAUUUACUUGUAAAGCUUUUAGCAGACUGUCAUAUCCUUGGUGAUAUACCCACCUCUAAAAGCUACAGCAGUGCAGACACAGAGGUGGUGCCGUUGGUCUAAUUUGCCAGCUCAUUUCCACCUUUCUUUCUGACGUUGGCAGCCUUACUUUAGGGAAGCAGCUUCCCAUUAAAAGUUUAUUAAGCAGAAGCCAGAGGAAUGAUUAAAAAUCUGCAAAAGCCAAAGAAGAUGAGGAGCAUGAGGAGUGGAGAGUGAUUACACCCCUGUGUGUGUGUGUGUGUGUGCUGUGAGCGUAUGCUUGUGUAGAGACACGCUUGUUUGUGUGUCAGUGUCUCCCCUGAAGGCACCACAAGUAUCUGUAAUCUUGCUGUAAGUGUACAAGAUGAAGCUGAAUAAUGAAGUGAACAGGGAAUGAGUAUGAGCAAAUUACACUUCACUAAUUUCCUUUUUGCUCUGAUUCUUACCCCACUUUUCUCCUCUCUCUUUCUUGUGUUUGCUCUCUAUUAUUUUCUUUUCAGAGUGGUCCAGUGCUGUCCUCCAGUGUGCCCCCUCCCCUCAGGUUUCUGUCCCUCUGCCUGUUACCUGGUAAGUACUCUGACAUUCACCUCCCACAUAUACAGUACAGAAGCUGACAAGGGUUUUCAAUCUUUAACCCUUUAAUCGUCACUUACAGUCUUGAACGCCAUUAUAGAGCAGAAUAGAGUCACUAUGCUGCUAUCUUCAACGACACAGAUAUAUACCCUUUUACUUCUUAGUCCAGGUGAGACUUGUCUAAUGUUGGUUCUGGUCCAGGAGUGGCCUGAUGCACUGACACCAGCCUCAGUCGACUCCCUGUGAAAUCCUCCCAAGUUCUUAGAGAGCAACCUUGUCAGCAGUGACCAUCUUUGGUGUACCCCCUUGUGGAGGGUGUUUGUGAUUGGCUUCUAGUUAGCUGGCUUCCUCAUGGUUGUGGACCUCCACUGUCAGGACCCUUCAUUGCAGACCUCCACUGAGAGGACCCAAAAUGACGAUUUUUUCUCACGCGCUUUAUUAUUAUUUUUUGUUGUGUAGUCAUCCUAUUAUGUAUAAUGUCUUUGUUGAAUGCAUAAAUACACAAAAAAACAUAAAAAAGCCCCAAGAAAUAAAGUAUAUUAACAUGGGACAAUAAAAUACAUACUUCCCUGUGUCUAGUCCCUUUUAAUUUGAAAGGCAUUGAAUGAACUUCCGAUGUUAAAAAAAAAAAAAAAAAAAAUACUUACGGUAUAUUUGCUUUUAUUUUGAAAGGCUUAAAAUCUACUUUUGGUCAAACGUAAAGAAAAAAAAGAAGAAAAAAAAAACGCACUUCCACUAUAUUUGCUUUUAAUUUGAAUUACUUUGAAUCAACUUUCAACAUAAAAAAUAAUAAAAUAAUAAUUAAAAAAAUUAAUUUAUUAAUUAAAAAAAAAAAACACCUUUGGUAUAUUUGCGUUUAUUUUGAAAAGCUUCGAAUCAACUUCCGACAUAUAACAAAAAAAAAAACAUACUUCUGGUAUAAAUUUUUUAUUUUGAAAGGCUUCAAAUCAUCUAAAGGUCUGACAUUAAUAAAAAAAAAGAAAAAAGCACUUCUGGUAUAUUUGCUUUUACUUUGAAAGGAUAUGAUUUAACGUCCAUUACGUUCGUGGUGGGGUCCUCACAGUGGGAGUCUGCAGCCAGACUGUCUUGGUAGAUGCAGGAUUUUGAAUAGACUAAGAGAUGCACAAUAUCAACUUAAUCCAAAAUGAAAUAUUCCAAUAUUUUGUGAUAUAUAGUUUUACAUUGAGCUGUUUAUAAACAAAGACAAAAGUUUAAAAUAUCUUACUUUACAUGUAUUGAGUCUAUAGCAUAUUAAUCUUUAGAUACUGGAUUUUUUGGGGAUGCGCCUGUGUUUUCCUGAUAGACUGAAACCCAGGUGCUAUUUGUGAUGUGAGUCCAACUUUGCCUUGAAAAAACACAGAUAAGUUUGGCUUUUCCUACAAGAAUCACAGAGCAGCUUGACAGAUCCAAUUUUGGUACGACAUCAAUUUUCAGACCUUGAAAGAUUUUGUUGCCGUGCCAAAUCUGUUCCAGCAGCAGCUAUCUGUACCCACAGUGAGAUGGACUUAAAGGAACCCUAUGACUGUUACAUGCUGGCCUAGUUUGACCUUGAGACAAAGUCGUAAGAUUAAAUGUAAAGGAGGCUAUAGUGAAACAGAUUAAAGGGAAUACAAUAGUAAAGCAGUAGUCUGAAAGGUUAAGAGAAAACAAAAACUAAUGUAUUUAUGGGCUCCAUUGUUGGUACACCUUUGCCUGUGUCAUGCAGAAUGUGAAUGUGACAAAUCACAGCAUAAUAAGCUGAACAUCCUUUUCAGCUUGUGUACCAGGGAAAGCAGCUCUAAUGUAUAAUUCCCUGCUAUCUGUUAUCACCAAUUACAGGACUUGUUUACUCGAAUUGGGGGACUUAGUGGAUCCCUUUUUAUGUGUGUAUGUGUCUGUAUGUGUGGCUAAAGCUUUCACCGAUGGAGGAUCUCUUUAGAUUUAGUUUAGUUCCUCUCUGGGCGUGGGCUUCCAAGUCUCUCUGUCUCUAUAAAUAUCCACCGGGAUCCCAUUCAGAAGCAAAAAUCUGCUUGUUUGUGUGCCUCUGUGUAUGUGUGUGCAUCCCGAUGACGCCACUGCAGCCAGGCAAGCUAGAGGCUAUUACUGGCCGGCAAGGUUGCUAUGGAGACGACUGGUGUCAGAGCAGAGCAACAUCUGUGAUGUGUUUGUCAAGAAAGGUUUUCCUCAUGUUUUUUUGCCUACUAUUCCUCUGUCAAUCCUUGUGGUCAAAAAGUCUCUGCCAGAGGAAGACCUGAUGAAAAACCCCUCCAGUCUCUCAUCAUUAGUGUUUUCAAACAUUGGUAAACACGGCACUCGAAUGUGGAACUGCUUAAAAAGCUGUAAUUUCUUGGGUAAUAGUUCAGCUGCCUGUGCUCAAUCAUGCUCACAGUCGGCCCUCGGGGUGAGUCAGUCAGCGGGGACUUGGGGACUCUUUUCACUGGGUUUAUGCCAGUGGAAAGCACACAUUAUGGGGAAGCAUUUAACCCCUGCCCCCAUCCUGCUCCCUCUCUCCACCGCUCUCCUCUCUAUAUGGACAUGUUCUAUUUCCACGUCUCCUGUCUUCUGGCUGCCUUAUCGGCAGCUCAGCGGGGCACAAAUUCUCUUUUAAUAGGUACUUAUUUGGGCAAUGAGAGAAAUCCCACAGUUUUGAGUAACUGCUGGUCCUCCCCCCGCCCAGUUUUCCUUGUCUUUAAAUCUAAAGCUUCUGUUUAUCACUCAUUCGUUCUCCUAUAACUUGCUGGACAAUCCCACAAUCCCAGUGCCCCCCUUUGAGCUGGAUAGCAAAGGAGAAUUUGCAAGAGCUGACAAUUUGUUAGAUCUGACAGCAUACUCCAAAAUAGGGUUUGCAGUUUAUCAUCGUGAGUGUAUAAAUUUAUAACUUCUGAAUCAUUCGUAAGCACGCUGAAAGACCCAGGAGAGCUUUUCUUCGGCGAAAACAUUGAACUCAAGUGGACUGAGUUAAAUUGGGGGGAAACUUUCUUUCAUGGGUGUUUAAAUAACUUCUUAUAGGUCAACCAGAAUAUGUUAUGUUGUCUGGUGUGUGUGUGUGUGUGUGUGUGUGUCUGCGUGUGUGUAUCCUUUAUAAUUUUGACCAUGUUUGGGCAAACCUGGUCCUGAAAGAGUCUUCGGCACUGUAUGUGUAGCUGGGCAAACUGAACCUUUAACCUCUUAAUCUGGUCUAAAUGAGACCUCUACACACACACACACACAGAGUGCAGAGCAGCAGCGCAGAGUCUGUGAUGUAACAAAUUAAUUUGGGGAUAAUUUGGUAUUUUCACUCUGCAGGCAUCCCUCUGCAAAGGCCAGUUAUCUAACUUCUAGGCCAAAAUUAACCGGCCUGCGCAGGUUGCCCUGUGCUCACCUUCAUCACCUUCGAGUGAAACAUCAAACCACUCGUUCCAUGAUUGGACUCAGCCUUUUGUUCGACUCGAGCUGUGUCCUCACAUGCCUCCUUGAACAGUGUAGCAUUGAUUUUCGUUGUUAGCUCCUGAGGGAAAGCCUCGACUGAAGUCCGAGUAUCCUUUAGAAACUGUUGAGUGUUAUUUAGUCUUCUCAUACACUCGCUCACUCUCUUCUCUGUGCCUCUUUUAUUUUAAUAAUCUUGUCCCGUAAUAUUGCCAAAUAUCAGCUGCGAAGACUUUAUCGUCCUCCACAAAUAGAUGAAAACAAGCCUCUCCAUUUAACAUUUGGUGGCUCCACUUAUGCAUAUUCAUGACCGUGCAUCGACUGAGGAUUUCUGGCUGUAUUUAGAACUCAUUUACAUACAAAUCUGCUUAAAGCAGCAGAGUUGCAGGGCUUUCCCAAGUUAUGUAAAAAUCUUUUUGCAUCACUGAUGUACUGCCCUGCCCAAGGGUUUAUUGGUAUGUUCCUGUUCUCUUGUCCUACUUAACUGGAAAUACCUUUUGCAUGAGUUAUAAUUAAAGCAUAGAAGUAAAGCGCAGAUACAGAUCCGCUGCCGUCUGUUCACAGAUGGCGGGCGAGGCUUCGACCACAGAACUGUGUCCCAGUCGCAGAGUUCAGCUAACUGUGUUAAUGCAUCAGCCUGGCCCCUCCACCUCAUUACAUUCAGGGAACUCCCUGACUAAGUGCCUUUUUAAACAGACACGCAAACACACACACACACACACACACACACACACACUCACUCACAUGCACAGUCAGACAUGCAGUGCUCUAAAUAACUCUGAUUAAGUUUGCUGAUAACCCGGGGACAGCCCUUACCCCUCACUUACCUCCUUCCCUUCUUUGCUCUCGUUCCCCCUGCGGGAUCUUAGCUUUUCCUCACUGAAGGAAGCCAUGAGGCCCGAGGUCAACACACACACACACACGUAUACACACACAUAUACACACACACACACACUAUGACUCAUUUUACAAAGACUGGAGACCAUCAUUUAUUAGGUGAGUGCUCCAUCCAUUAUGCCAUGUGUUAAAUUCUUUGUGUAACUCAAUUUGGCAGACGGUUGAAGUGGACGACUAUUUAUAGAACUCUUGAGUUGUGUGUUUUAUGAUAUCGUUUACAUCCUCGUCUGUUUUGCAGUAGAAACCAACCCUGCAGACUAACCUAACUUAGGAUUCUGGGUAAUCAUACUCUUAAUACUGACAUGUUUUUCCUGAUAUUUGUACUUGUGCUCUGAAUGCCUGUGCGUGCACAUGUGUGUUGUCCGAACACAGUUGGCUACUGUCAGUGUGUGUGUGUGUGUGUGUGUGUGACUGAAAGGCAGCCAGUUUCCAUCCCAGGCUCAUUUUAAUUAUGUAACCCGGGGCCGAAGAGCGUGAGGGUGAUCCCCGACUAUAAAAGGCAAAGAAGAGCAUUGAAGAGGGUCAUUUGGUGUGGAAAAAGACAUUCUUCCCCUCCACAGAAUAUUACUUCCUCAACAAGAGUCCCAUAGAAACAAACAUUGAUAACUGCUUUUUUUUUGUACAUAUAACCCAAGAAAGGCACAUGUCAGCCAGCGGACAGUGUAGAGUUUAUUUUCUUGACUUAAUUCACUGGUAAUUACUUUAUAACUCUACAAAAAUACAGAUUAAUAAUUCUCUCAAGAGAAUUCUCCCCUUCAGUGUUUGUUGUUUCUCUCAGUUUGGUGCAUUAGCACCUCAGUGAUUCACUGAUACCACGUACUUUUAGGCCCAUUAUCAGCUUCACUGGAGCGACUGUUUACCUCUAGGUGUGCAAACACAAGAAAUACAAGAAACAAAAACUCUUUUACAGUAACUCAAGGGAUUUAAACCUUGCGGGCAGGGGAGCUCAUUAUGUUUAAAUAUCUGCAUUAGAGUUACCAUAGACCUGAGUAUGUGAGGGGUCUGCAAUACGUUCAUGUAGAUGCCAGUGGGUAUGUCUGUAAUCCUCACACUUAUUGCCCGUUUUUCCACUCUAGAGGGAAAAUAAUAUCAGCAUUAUUUGAAGCCCUAACCUUGGCUAAAAGCAGGUUAAUCUCAGCGACACAGUUCUGUCACCUGAUGCCAUAAAAAUCUAAAUUUUUUAAAACUAUUUCCACUUCUCUGAGUCCCCAACUCAAAAUAUAUGACUCAGUGUAAAUAACUUUCUUUCAUUGGGCUUUUAGGCUCAUCUUAGCAUUAGCUUCAGCCAAUAAUGUGAAUAAAGAGGUUGUAAAAAUCAAAAAUUUAAAGAUAUUUUCAGGCUUUAAGUUCAGGCUUUAAAAAACAUUGAAACCGUGUAACCGUCAAAGAAAGGGCGUUUUGUGGCUUUUGGUUUAGUGCUUAACAGUUUUUGCAUAAACCCUCAGAGUGACUCUUGGAGCAAAGAGGCCUAAGUUGCUCAGAGUAAAUAAACUUCGGCGCACAUACGUCAACAAACACAUGGACACAAACAGACGCAGACAUAGACAAACAUGGAGACAAAUAGACACCCUGCUGAAGGGGCCGCAGCAAAUGUGAGCAAGCAAAUGAUUCAAAAGAAAGCUGAGUGUAAUAAGAAGUCGAUCUCUCCAUCCAACUCCUCCUCUGUCCUACAAACACACCAGAAACUAUUUCUUACAUGCCAGGUUUUGUGUAACAACACGCAACCCGCUCGUGUGUCAGCCAAAGGUCUCCGUUUAAAGACAGGUGCACAUGCACACAGGAUCUCCAUCCUUGUUCAGCUGAGCACAUGUUUACUCAGCCAUCACAGUCCCCUCUUACGCCAUCCCGCUGCCUAAUGACUCAAUGAAAUAUGAAAACAGAUGCAAGCGACGGUCGCAUUGAUUUCGCUGCCAUAUGUGCUGUUUGCUCAGAGAACAGAGGUCCUGUUCUUGUUGUAAAAAUACCGCUUUCCCCGCGAGGGCCUUCAUUGAAUUAAAGAGCGCUUUAAUUCAGUGCAAACAGUAGCAAUUUUACUGUAUUUCUCCAUGACUCACAGCGUUAGAGUUGUGUGACUGGCGUGUGUGGUAAAGUAUUGGCUGGCAUGAAGCCCUCUGCUAACUGGAUUCUAUCUGAUAGUGCAGAGUUUAAUCUAAUUCAUGGUAAUGCAAUUGAGCAAAGCUGCCGCAGCCAGAGAGCUGUAGUCCGGCUACAGUCUGGGAUCAAUGUCACCUUAGAAGGGCAACUUGUUGAAGUUUGCUUCCAGGAUGUUGUGCAUGUGCGCCUUUUUUUCUCUCUCUCUGUGUGAGUGUGUGUGUGUGUAUCCUGGUUGGUGGUUGUCAUGCCCGAGGCCAUAACAAAGGCUGUGUAACUAAACCAGGUGACCUGUCUUUGCUGCUCCUCCUCUUAAAUUGUUUACUGUAACGUGCCGCAAUAUCUACAAAAUGAUCCCCUAUAAUCUCAUGUAAAGUACACAUCCCUGAGCCUCUGUUUGCUUUUUAUUUCAACUACACUGAGAGAACAGGUUAGUGUGUUUUAGGUCCUCACUGUUGGCAGGUUUGUACAGAGUAUCAGCAGGGUUUCACAAUCCUAGAAAACCUGUCUGUAAACAAAAACAGCACAAACUAUGAGGUGUGGUGUUGCACCAUGCUACAUAUUCUCCUUCUUGUCUUUGUAGUCUGCUGUCUGCAGGAGUUAGCUCCCUCUGGCCUCUGGGUUUCUCCUCAUUUCCUCCCUUUUGCUCUCAUCCUAUCCUCCCCCCCUCCCGCUGAUCACUCUCAGCGCCGGAGCCCCGCAGGUGUGUGCGCGCACUCUGGGGGCUCUGUUUUCUCAGCAGGGAUUGGAGCGAGCACAAAAGUAAUAUGACAUGUUGGUAUUUCUCAGACAUGGAAUCAGAUUAGUCUUUGGUAUUUCAGCAUCAUGCAGCAGGCAGGGGGGGUACAUGCGUUGAUUGAAGAGUAGUCUGGGUAAUGGACUUCCCUGGAAGACUGGAAGGUGUUCUGGAGACUUGCACUUGUUGAAUUAUUCACACCGUUUUUGCCAGGCUGAUGCAACAUAAACAUGCACACAUCAGAUCGGAGUAGUCGGGCUCAACUUCUUAUUUUUUACGAUGCAAAUUUAACUGCAUGUUGUUGUAACGCAGGAGAAAUAUAUUAUAAUAUAAAACACCUUAAACUGUUGGGUCAGAUUUUGUAAUGUUCUCUUAGACAAAUAUUCUAUUGCUGCGGCUCACAGCAAUGAUCAGAUUUUACUGUGAAUUACACAUCGACCGUGAUAUAAAACACAGGACUGGCUGACAGUUUAAUGCUUUCAGUGUUCUACCUCAAAGAGUCAUUACCAGGGGACUUUUAUUGCUGCUAGUAAACAGCAGACACUUUCAUAUGGAGUUUGUUUGAGAAUAAUUAAGUGCAGCAGAAGCAUUUGUUCGAUUAAAGAGCCUCAGUGGGAUUUGACUUCCAACCUUUCCUGUAUUGUUUGGCUUUGAGCGUUAAAGUAAGUAACCUGUUUGUGAAGACUGUCAUGGUCAGAGGAGCGUUGCUUGUUUACAGCGACUGACUUUAACUGAAGUAGGUUUUCAAUCUGAUGGUAACUAAAGGUGAGCCCAUCUGCCUGGUGUUUCACCUUCUCAUUAAUGUCAUGGAAACAGCAAGUGGUGUUCCCAGCAUGAGGUUUUUUCUCUUUUAUAAUUGAUCCAGGGAGAAAAUGCGCCCAAGUAAGUAGGGGUGGGAUUCACCAGUGGCCCCACAUCACAAUAUUAUCACAAUACUUUGGCCACGAUUGGAUAUUAUUGCGAUUUUAAACAUUUCGCGAUACAGUGAGUAUUGUACGAAAAAGGAUUUAGGGCCACAGGAAGAAAAAAAAAAAGUUACAGGAAGGAGAUUAUUGUUAAAAUUUCAAGGUUAAAUUUGAAAUUUCGAGAUUACAAAAUGUCGUGAAUAAUGUUGAAAUUUCAAGAUUAAAAAAUAUAAAAUUUCGAGAAUAAAGUCGAAAAAUGAAAAAUGUUGAAAUUUCGAGAUUAAAAAAAUACAAUUUAGAGAUUAGAGUCGACAUGAAUUAAAUUGAAAUUUUGACUUUUUUAAAUUUCAACUUUAAUCUCAAACUUUCAACUUUAGUCUCGAAAUGAAAAUGUAAGAAUAUGUAUCUCCUGGAAUUAUUUUUUUCUCCUCUUGUGGCCCAAAUCCUCUUUCGGAGUAUUGCAAUACCAUAUAUUGCGAUUCAUACAAUUUCUUUCAACCGCUUCGCUGAUGUAGCUUUUGUCUUUCCUUUGUGUUUGUCUUAUUGAUGCAAUAUUUUAUAUUCAUGUAGCACUUGUUGCAAACCUUUGUCACGUCCAUCUCAUUCAUUGUCCUGCUUUCAUUCCUAAUGUCCCUCUCCAGGUGCUCUAUAAUACACCUCUGCAAGCCUCACUGGACGAACAAUUAAUGCUAUUUUUUCAUUUCUUUAGACCUGAGUUCAUAUUAGCAAUUAAUUAAAAAAACUCAACACUUGUUGGAUGAGACGAUACAAUAUAUCACCAGACAAAAUAUCGCAAUACUUUGUGUAUCGAUUUUCUCUCCCACCCCUACUAGUAAGAAGAAGGUCUCUGCAAAAACUAGCAGCAAAAUCACCGUGAUGGGAUUUGUUUUACUAUGCAAGCUAAAAUGAAAGCUCACAGUUUUGAAAGGGUUUGCUUUGAAUCAGUGGAUUGUGCAUCAGCGAAGGUGUGUGUGUAACUAAAAUGGUCUCUUCCUGAAGCACCGCUCUGUCCUUGAUAAAAGGAGAAAGAGUUUUAUGGUUUACUUGAGAGAGGGAGGCACAUUAAGGGACAGUGCAGAUGGUUGAAGUAGGAAGUACUGUGUUAUAUUAUCUCCUUCAGCGCCUUUAAACAGACAAGCAUACUCGGAAACUACUGUUUUGGUGUUUUCAGUUACAUCUAGGUUUUUCUACAUCUCACUCUGAACACUGUGGUCCUAUCUAAGCAUUUUUAUCUUUGCAGUUUUGUUCUAUUUUAUGUAGCUGUGUGCAGUCCAUCCCCACUUCCUCGCCCUUGCAGCCAGAAGUGCAGACUAAUAUCCUCAACAAACAGAUUAAACUUGAUGACAGUCGAAUGCACAGUGAUGAUUGCGCACCCGGAUGCUGCCUUGAGACAGUAAUGGGAUUGUACUGUAUGUUUAUGUGCAAUAAAGCAGACUUAAACAUAGGCCAGGCAAAUGGGAACAUGCUAUAUCAAAUCAGACAUUAUUGUUACAGCGUGUUUAUCUUGUAUAAAUACACUUUCUGGCUUGCCUGUCUUUUCGCUUAACAGAUUGUUUUUCCAUGCCAGUAGGAAAGAUCAGUAAAUCUAGCAACUUCACUAAAGUUGGUACGGGCUUCCUUUGGCACACCCGAUAAAUCUUAAUAAAUAUCCUGUAGAGUGUGACCUCUAUUUUUUCCAAGGGUUUCUUUUUUUUAUUAUUUCUCUGGGGCUGCCUUUACACAGCUAUUCCUUUAGUGACAUCUCUGCACAGAGCUGUAAAAUGAUGUAGUAAAAUCCUCAAAUUAACAUCUGUGUGAGAUAAAUAACUCUUUUAUGUUCCUGUAUGAGGUGAAUUUCCAUCCGAAUGGGACCUUGAAGAAGGCCCAUUGAGACAUAAACGAGGAGACGUUUAAACUGUGAUCUCCUUUCCGAGCCACGCAUCCUCUCAGCGGCUGAAGUAGGUUUUCAAUCGGAAGAUAACUGAAGGUGAUCUUAUGUUAAUGUCAUGGAAACAGCAAGUGGUCAUCCCAGCAUUUGGUAAACAAAACACUCUUUUCUAGAACAGAAAAGAAGAGGAGGUAAAAGAUGUACAUGUUGUGGACAUAGAGGAACCAGGGUUAUCAUUACCUCCGCCAAGGAGGUUAUGUUUUCGGUAGCGUUGGUUUGUUUGUUUGUCUGUUACCAACUUUACGGAGAAAGUUACAGACGGAUUGACCUGAAAUUUUCACCAGAGAUGCGUCUCAGCCCCAGGAGGAUCCCAUUACAUUUUGGUGGUGAUCCGGAUCGCCUUCUGGAUCCAGGAAUUUUUGAAGGAUUCUUUAUCAUUGUGAGAUAGGGCAAAUUUUGGAAUUUUUGCAUUUAACGCAAUAAAAAUGUCCAGAGUCUUUAGUAAAAAAUUACACUAAAGGAUCUCAAUGAGUUUUAUGAGGUGUCAAAGGCUGAUCCUGAUCCAGACAAAAUUCCGGAUACUAUGAUCCAGAACACACAAAAAUAAGGGUGUCGUUGGAAUUUUCAAUGCUGAAAGAUAACCAAUGGGUGGCACAGUGGUGUAGAUGGGCGGUACAGUGGUGUAGUGGUUAGCACUGUCGCCUCACAGCAAGAAGGUCAUGGGUUCGAAUCCGGGUCAGGGCAUUUCUUGUUUAAGGAACAUUAUGAACAGUGAACAUACUAGUUUCAACACAAAUAAAAGUUAAUAAAAGACACGUAACAGUAAAAGUUUUGGUGUGAAUCACAAUAUAAGGGGGGACAUGAGCUGCUUGGUGCUCUCUGAGUGCUUUUCUAGUUAGAGCUGUAUAAUUUCUGAGUAUUAUUGUCCACCAGUGUUUCAGCUAGGGAUGUCCCCAUAUGAUAUUGAUAUCGGAUAUUGGUCCGAUAUCUGCCAAAAAUCAAAUGUCGGAUUAUACCGGCCUGCAUCUAAAAUCUCCUAUAUCAGCAGUCCGAUACAAGUUGUCCAUUCCAGACUCCACUCCGGCACCUCUAGCUAGCAGCGCCCGGAUCCAGCAUGUAGAGCCCAUGUGAUCACAACAACAGUGUGUACUAUGGUACUAAUAAAGUAGCAAGGAGUAGGAGUGAUGUCGGCUGUGUGGCAGUAUUUUUCGUUAAAGUCCGAUAAAGACAUUGCAGCUGAGUGCAAAACGAUACCGAUAACUUCAAUAUCGGUAUCGUAUUGGAAGUAAAAAAGCUGUAUCAGGACACCCCUAGUUUCAGCAGACUUUGACCUCAUGCAAGAAAACAGCCCAGAAACUGUAGAGAGCAACAUCCGCUGUUAUGUAAUCUUCGAACUUAUCAGUGGUCAUCUGACGCUAAAGACAAAUUCAUCUCAAAAGAUAACUUCAUGCAAGUGCAGCUAACAGUCCACCUCUAUGUUUGCUUCCUCAUGUCCUUGUCAGGCUGUAAACAAAGGCAAUGAUUGAAGAAAGAAGUCUGAUACUAGCAUUGGUCUCAAGUCAUGGCUGCAAAAGACAAUUAUAUGCUCUUGUUGAUCUCAAGAUGCACUCAGUUGUCACUCUGAAAGUGGGGGGAAAAAAAUCAACAACGAAGAGCACUGUGAGGCAGUUUUGACCCUGAACAUCUCAAGACAAUUAACAGUAUGUAGUGCAUAGACAAGGGAAAGCAAAUCAUUUCAGCCCAGCAGAGGAAUUCCUUGAGUCAGACCAUAGAUGGUCAAACAACGCACACCUGAGCAAUCACUGUCAGGUUACAUGAUGAAAACCUUUCAAUGUGUAACAUCAAUCUUGUGCUUUAACUCCAACCAGCUGCUCGUGAUAAAGUACGACAGCGAGCUGAAAACUCUGUUUUCCUUUUUCCGAGGCUACAUUAGCAAAACAUGAGCGGAAAAUGAUGUUAAAGAGGGAUUUGAAUUCUUGUAAUAGUUUCAGUGAGGCUUCAGCGCUCAGGGGUGUUUUUUUUUCAGCUCAUCUGUUUGAUUGACCUCUGCUCUCCCAGCUGGCAUAAAUCAGGGUUUACUUUUCUUUAUAGAUGUCUGAACGGAUGAUUUAUCUGCUGUACCGUGCAGACAUACUGCAGCGGAGUCAAGAAAACAUCCAAAGUAUGAGAACAUUGAUGUGUAAUGGUCAUGAUAAGGUCUUGAUUUAUUCUAAUGCGGUUUAAUGGGGAGAUUUAUUGUUCUGACAAUAAACUUUUAUUUAUUCAGGAGAGAUCCAAACCCUCAUUUACGAUGGCAUUAUGAUGCAAAUGAAAGACAGACACUUAUGUGGUUUAGAAAGCAGAGAACAGAUGAUUAAAAAGCCAUUAAAAUCUCCAAAUGCAGGGUUUUUGUUGGUAAAUGUAAAUAAGAGACAUUGAGGUAGGAAGGGGCCUCAAACCUGCACACAAAGGAGAAUAUUUUCUAUAUUUGGUAGCCCAUAAAUCAUGGUGCAGGCUUCUCAGAAUAUGAAUAAAUACCUCAUUUAUCAUAGCCUCUGAAGUGCCUGUGAUUAUGGCUUAUUUGGAGGUAUCACUGAGGUAUAAUAUUUGUAUAAUCCUUUAAAAAAUCCUUAUUUCUAAAUGUUGAAUAUUUUCUAAGCAGGAUUGUCCCAAACAUCUGCUCUGACAGGUUAGAAAAGGUCCACUUUUGAAUGUAUGCAUCAGGUCUGUGAGAUCAAAUGGAGCAUGCCUGUGCGAGGCCUGUUUUCUGUCCUUGUCUCCAGAGUUCCUCUUGGUUAGUCAGCGCCACAAAACGUGUCACUUGAAAUGUUCGAGCCUUUUCGAUGCCUAAUCCACAACAGGUAUUAAGUAAAGGAGGGCUUUGGUUAAUGUGCCAGCCUCAUCAGAAGUGCUUUCGCUGUGUGUGUUGUUCACUCGCGUCCCUUUCAGCGUGUCCCCAGUCAACCCUUCCACCACUGGCUGACUGAUGUAGCAGUAGCCUAAUUUUAGUUUAUGAGGUGUGGGACCGCUGGGUGUUACCCUAGCUGCCAUUUUAGAUGAGGAGGCUGGGAGCAGAGGGCCUCACGAGGCUCCUAUCUGUCGUAAUUAUCUCAUUGUCAGGGGUUGGACAGGGGGCUCGGACCUCGCUCGCUCGCUUCCCUCAGCUUCCCUCAGCUCCUCACGUGCACGCUCACACGUCCAGGAGCUCGGAGGUCUGGUGUGAGCUCUGCCAUGGCCUUACAGAACCUCAGCGUACCGCGCCGCUCUUGGACUGAUUUCAUCCCGCUGAGGAGAAUGUUAUCUAAUGCAUACUGUUGAGAGUGGCAAGAUCUAGGCUACCAUUAGGCAGGACAGCACAACCCAAUUAGUCCAAAUUGGGUAUGUGAUUGUCCUAUCUGAAUCAUUGAGUUUAGGAAUAUGGAUAAUGUCUCUCAGAAUUGGUUUAGUGUUAUUUAAUACUCGAGUGUUAAUGUGCUGGGUGCAGCCUCUUUACACAAUCUCAACAGGAAGUGUUCAUCUGCGUUUUCACUCCCCUGACAGGAUGUGUGUGUCUUUGUUAUGGUCCCCUGGUAAGGGGACACAGAUGGUGGAGGGCUGGGUUUGAUGAGGUUGGAGCUUUUUUUGUACCGAACUGGGUGCAUUUUGGUGUAUUGACCUGGGUGGCACUUUGACCUGUUAUAGUGAUUGGGUUCUUGUUAAGAAAUCACUUCCAAAGUGAUACAGAAUAGUAUUUCUUUUACUUAUUGACCAAAAAAGCAGCAAGAGAUCCCCUUGCUCUGCAGCAAGAAAGCAAGGGGAUAAGGUGUCUGUGUGUGUUAGUAAAGCAGAGGGACUGAGUGAGCUUGGAGGGUCAGGCUGCAGCAUUAAUGAGUAGUAAUAUUUAUGUUGUAUUUUAUUAUUUUAUAACCUUAAAAUUAAGUCAGAGUCCUUAAAAAAGCUUCGGAACUGUUUGUAGCAAUUAGCAUUGCCAACUUUGCAACUUUGUCGCUAUAUUUACGAACUUUCGAACCCCCAACCAUCCUGCGAGUUUUGUUUUUUUUUCCUCAGAAAAGUGACUAGCAACAAAUCUAGCGACUUGUUGUGAAAUUAUGCACAUUAGGCGAUGACGUCAUUUAGUGACUUCUAGGACAGUCGCUAGCAUCUAUACUAACUAAGGAGUUGGCAACAGUGGAUGCAAUAUUUGACCAAAAGUUUAGUGCCACUGUGGGCCGAGGUAGAUUGUUUUGUCCUGAUGCAAUCUUGGAAGUAGAGUAGACACAGGAUAUUUAUGUCUUUAAAAACAAACAAGAAACAGAGAAAGAGUUGUCCGUAAAAUUGAUCAAUUUUUGUGUUAAGUACUCAUCAUCUCAACAUUAUAAUUGUGCAGCCCUGUGGUAGCUACUCGCAGUUGCACUGCUGGAGAUACUGUCGCCACUCCUGGUAUAUUAAAAUAAAGGUACAUUUCUGGUUAUUGUAGAUUUCGCCCUUAAUUUGAAAAAGGCAUUAUUCCUCUUCUUCUUCAUAUUUGACGUAAGAAGAGUUGGUUUGUUUACAAAGGGAGAUCAGACUGUAAACAGGCAGAAGGUUUUGUGACGCACGCAGCAAGAAGGAGCUCUGUUCAGACACAUAUUCUGACGGCGGUUUUCACAUUUUCGAACUUCUUACACCGAAAUUCAUUGUCAACAAAAUAUUUAAAAUUUUUUGAGCCCAGCUGAAGUAUAUUCAAGAUGACGUGCUGCUUCAAAUCUGUGCUUUGCUGUUUUGCUUGAGAUGCUUUUAAUACUUCAUCAUACUUUUGAUGCUUUAACUUUAAUGACUGAACAGCUAUAAUAUAUAUAUGGCUAGUUUUGCAACAUUUACAAUGAUUUUUAGGAAAAGCAGUAACUCCCAGAGCAACAUUAUAAAUAAUUAAGACUCUAAUCAAAUGAGGACCUCAGACACACUCAUAUUAAUACAAGGCAGUUAAUGUACAAUCAAAAAUAUUGAGGUUUUUUUUCAGUUCUCUCAUAAAAUGUAAAAAUCAGUGACUGUAUGAUCUGAAACCAGCCAUGGAUGUGAAGAGUUAAUACAGAACUCAUCAAGAGUCAUUACAUCCUGAUGAAUCUGCACACCAGGGUGAGAUUAGCCCCCAUUAGUUUCUGAGCGAUUGUGCAGCCAUGUUGAAUCACUCUGCGUUUUCAUAAUGACAUCCUACAGACAUCUGACAGGCCCUCCCUUCAUCUGCGUUUGUCAUGUCUGCUGUGUUCCUCAGCCCACCCUGCCUGCUUGUUGCUUUCUGUACUUGUCUGUUGAUGUUGUCUCUGAUCUGUUAUCCCCACAUCAAAAGCAGACAUCCCCCCGCUGCUCCCCCCGCCUCUCCUCUCCACCCAGCUGCUGUCACAAACAGCUGUCUACCUCGUCCAUCUACCCCUGCCCACCACUGUUCUCUUAUACCUCACGCCACUUUCUCAUCUUUCCAUUCCACCUUUCUCCGCCUUUGUAUCUUAAUCUGAAUUCAUGCGUUCACUCUCUCUGCCUCGGUCUUAUCUAGCUCUUGCUCACCCCUGUGUGUUUUUCUUUUAUCCCUCUAACAGCCUGUAACACUCUGUUUGACAGUAUUUCUUUCUGCAUCAGUAUCAACCUUUUGUGCAUCCCUCUUAUCAAAUUCCAGUUCUCUCUUUGUUUAUUCCAGGGAGUAAAAUAAGUGGUUUCUACAUCUAAUGUGGGAUUUAAAUCUCUGCAAUUCCUGCAGGAUCCUUGCACACACCCACUCAUGCUACUUUAUCACACCUUUUUAGUAUUUUAAAGUCUAAAUCACAGCUUCGACAAGUGAAAGUGAUUGAGUUUAAUGAUUACAUGUGAUUUAUUUCUGCGUGAAACUACGUUUGUGAUUGUAACUCUAGUCUUACAGACUCCAACACCUCCUUAUCAAACUCACAGUGUUCCUACAAUGACUUAACAACGGUUUGAGCUCUCAGACUAUACAUAGUCUGUCACGUUCCCAGUUUUGCAUGACACAUUUACGGCUGACGUCAAGAGAGCCUAUAUUUGGGUGGUGUCAGCAACAUCAUCACAGUUUCCUGAAAAGACCCUCUUCCCUCCCGGUGCUGGGUUCUUGCGUGGUGCCGCACGUGCAGGUGUGGCACAUGAACUUCGCCUGACUCACUUUUUGUGUGUGAAGAGGACUACAGCUCACUUUCAGCUCUUGUGUGGCUCUGAGAUAGACCUGAUGGGGAAAAAACUAACCUCAUAUACCCAUAUACAGAUGUAGCCUGUAACCACGUCCUUCUCUGGGGUAACUCAGGUCCUGCUUAAUGAGGAAAUGCACCUAAAUCUGACACAUCAGAGCUUUACUAGAUUAACAUUAGGGCAGUAAAGUCCUAGUCAAUUGGUCAACUGAUUGGUCGUUAUGUGCUGAGUCGACCAAAAUUCUGAUUGGUUGACUUGAUUUUUUUUCCACAUCAAUUUACAGUCUCUGGUUAAUUUCAUCAGGAGGAAAGUACCAAGUGCUAAUGGGGGUGUUUUCAGCAUGUCUCAGAACACCCCCCUUGUUUUCACCAUUUCGGAUUCACCCAACCCACUGGAGACCAGCUGGAGACAGGGAGAUUGAAGAGCGUCCACGUAAAUCAGCGUCCUAGUGCAGUGGCCAAGUACAGAUUUUAGCCAGAAUCAAGCGCUUUCUUGUGAAGUGACUUAUGGAGAAUGGUCUUUUCAAUUCUCGUUUAUAUCACCAACUUUGCAUGAUAUUACUGCUGUAAUGAGAUGGCGGCCAUUUAAAAGAUGGUCGCGAUCUUAAAAUUUCAAGCAACUUGGGGCAUUUUCAUGUUGAGUGACUGUUCAUAUCAAUUUUCACGCCUAUAUCACCAGCUUAACAAGGACAUCACCUAAUUGUUCCACCUAGGCCAUCUUGAAAUUUCAAAUGGCUGGGACACCCACGGAGAAUGCUCAUGCCAAUUUUCAUGCUUGUAUCACCAACUGAACAAUCAUGUCACUUAUCUGCUCUACUUUCCUGUGGUUUGCUGAAUAUUUACUCUUAUUUUGAGCGUUUCAACUUUCACGUGAGUCCUCCUCUACCAUUCAUGUCAAAGAGUCGUACUCCGCCGCAUAACGUUUUGCCAUCAGGGUCGCCCCAACCCCCCGACUAAAUUUCUUUGGUUGAUUACAGGCCUACUUUGCUUUUACAAAAACUUUGCACAGCGAUUCACCAGUGUCAGUUGUGUAAUUUUAAAUGUUGCACCAUGUACUCAAUAUUGUGCGUACAUUUAGACUCAGUAAAAGACAACCACGCUGAGAUGAGAUCUAUUUGAGAAGAGCUCUGCUUUUGGGGGUUGCCAGCAACUGCAUUAUCAAAGGAUUCCACUAAAGAGCCCUGUAAAACUAUUUUAUAACCGCAGAGAUUGAUUUGUUUCCACUUCAAAAACUUCCCAUUAAUGUUAUUGCACAUUAGUCUGAGGCUAGCUCUUAAUCUUGUCUAGACUUUGUUUAAAAUCACUCUCUAUUGUACACAACUCUGUGCUGAGACGAUGCCUGCACAGCUUAAUGUUUUACGACCGGUUAUAUUUCAGGGGAAUAUGUGGAGAUAAAGGUAUGCACAUCAGCGCCGAACAUUUGGAUUGAGUUUGUAGCUUUUCUCAUCAGUUAUUAACAAAAGCAGUUGUACUAUCACAGAGCUGAGCUGGAGUAUUUCUUAAGUGAAGUGAUUUUAAGUUUUGUCUGUCCUCUGCUGCAGAGUCUCUAUUGUCCUCCCUUGUCUGUUGUCACUGAAACACAAGAAGAGCUGAUCUCAUUUCGAGGCAUUAUGAGGAGUUUUUUGUUUGCUGGUUGAGAAUCAGACUGAAACUGAUACUGAUGACUCUUUAUGAUUUCCAAAAGCAAACCAGACCAUCAGAAACACGGCUGAUCAUUUCUCUGUCAAAAUAUUUCAUGUCUGAAACCGCUGCGAGGAGGUAGAUGUCCCACCAGAUGAUUGACAUUGACAGCACACACAAAAAAGGGCUUUUUAAAUUUUUCUGGCAGUUUCUGACAAUGAAUGAAACAUUUGACUAUUACAGGACAACAGGAUGAGACUUUAAUUUGAAUUCUAAUAACUUGUCCACAGGCGGCACAUUUUAAGGACUACAGCCUUUGUGUGUGGUUGCAGGAUUUAGCCCUUUGGUCAAACAGGCACCUCUGGAUACAAUAUUUUAAGCAGCACUUUAAGGACUUUCAAAUAUGUGUUCUGGGUUUGUUCAGGCCAUUGGUACCAAUAUUCACAAUUAAUAACUGAGGCUCGGAUCUCUUCUAAACUUCAUAAUCCUCGUUCCUCUGAUGUGGUUUUAUCCAAAAUAACUCCAUAAGUGCUGAUCAGGUUGUGUUUAUUUGUGACUGUUUUUUCUGUUAAGUUAAAUAAACUCUCCGGAGAGUUUAUUUCAGGACGUGGGAACCGUGUGCAAAAGCUGUGUUUAAUAGAUUAAACACGUUUUUCUGACUGCAGGACAUGAGAAAAGAGGUGUUUAACAUCUAGAUUUCUCUCACUAAUUCUCUCUCUCUGUUUUUUUUUUCCAUCCCUUUUUUCUCAGGUUUGUGAGCAGCCAUGACAAAGUCCUACGAGUUCAACUGGCAGAAGCACCUGCCUGAGUUCAUGCAGGAAGGCGCCUCCUUCGACAGGUUUGAUGAGGUAAAAAUACUCUUUUUUUUUUCUUAAAUCUUCACCGUUCUUAAAAAAACAGAUAUAUUUAUUAUUUCAUUUCAUUAAACAUAAGAGCAGAUCCUGAUUUCCUGAUCUUUCCUGAGGGUUCGAAGGUUUGCUGUAAGACUUUGUCAAUAACCCAGUUGAUCAUGACAUCGAUUAUUUUCCCUGCCCUGUAAUCAUCUAUAACACUAAAUGACUGUCCUCAGGUUAGUCAUUACGCACAUUACACACAAACACACACAACGAAGCGAAGGCGUUUCCUCUGACCUAAUUCAUCACUGUAGUAGUAGUGAAAGAUAAAGGUGCAGGAGAGAUGUAUUGAGCAGGCUUGUUUAGCGGCGUCGGCAUGGCGACGGCUUGUCUGCAGCAAUUCCAACAACGACGGUGCAUGAACUCGGAUGAGAUCAUGUUCUUCGUCUUUUUAUAUCAACCAUAAAAAUAUAUUUUUUUGAGACCGAGAGCUUGUAGUAGCUUUGUUGUUUGAAUGUUCAGAUACAAAAUGAACGUUAACAUACGAUAAAUUAAUGUGCUGUUAUAGUACGUGACAAAAGCUGAAACUCCAGCUGAUAAGAACUGAAUCAAACAUGAUAGUGAUCAAGUCCAAAUUACCAAUAUCACAAGAUCAGAAUUAACCAACAUUAUCAUCGUCACCAACAUCCAUCCUGCUCUGUGUGCGUCUAAUUGUAAACUAUACGCAUCUGACCCCGUGUACAUCCUCCCCUCUUUUUACCCACAUUUCCUCUGACUAACUUAAUCAGGACACUUAGCUAGGACAUUUGCCGAGCAAAGGCAAAGUGUGUCACACACACAUGCCCUCCCCGACACACACAUACACACACAAACACGCGCACAUGGAUACAGUCGCCCUUGCACACAUCAGGAAAUCCCCUCAGUCCUCUUCGUUUCUGCGGGUAUCAGUGGGCGGGAGGAAGAUCCCUCUUAGGCAGGGAAGAAAAAAAAAAAAAACUGGAAAGAGCAUCAUCAAAUCCACAGCCGUGUCAAAGUGAGCCGUGAAACUGGGCCGGCAUGCCUCUGAAGAGAGUCCUCAGUGUGUUGCUGCUGUGAAUUUGAGCCAGGCCGAGGCAGGACAGGGUUGGGACUGGCCUGAAUCUUAAUAAGGUCGGUCUGUGUCACUCACCUUAAAGACUAAAAUUAGACGUCACCUGAGAGAUCCCAGAAUCCCCUCAACGCCGCAAUUAAUCAUUUUUCAAUCAUGAUAUCAUUCACAAUACUAAUUACUGAUAUUGAUUUGUAAUAGUUACAUUUCUAACUGUUUCAACUCGCUCAAACUAUUCAAGUCUGACUUUGGUACGAUCCAAAUCCAGUGGGUUUUUGAUGCUAACCUUUGAACUUUACUCCGUGUUAUCACGGCGCAGCGAUGUCGCUUACAAUGGCCGUCUUUAUUCUCCGUAUCUGUGGAUGUGCUUCUGUGUAUGUGAGCGGAAAGCUGCAGCUCGGUUGCCAGGCGAGUGCAGCGCCUGCAGGGGACAUCUGCUUCGAUUGAAAUAACUUAUGCCGGGUCCACCCACAGUCACACACAUGCUCUUUAUCGGCCCCCUCUCUUAAACAUACACACAAUAACACACCGAGCAGCACGGAUCCCUUACAUAAAACAUUCUCCACUGAGUGACGCCCCUCAGAGUGGCAGAUGGCGGGGACAGGUAAUGUGCAGGUGUGUUAGCGUAUAUGUGUUAAAUCAAAGCAGGACGUAGUAAAGUGUUAAGUAUGUUGUAUUUGUGAGGACAUUUUUGCUUCAGUUCUGUACAAGUUUUUGCAACACAACCAGCUUUUCAUUUUGCGCCUCUCUUAAUCGUCGUGACAUUUGUGUUCUUCUACGGCAUAGCAGAAGAAUCUUUAAAUGCUCUAUAGAUGAUCAAUACUUCAUCAAUUUCAGUCGCAAAGUCAGAUACUUCAGGUGAGUGUGACAAGUCAAGUGACAGGCAGGUCAAAGGUCAGCAAGACACCCGUUUAUUACUCAGGAUAACAGCCAGUGGGCAUCCUCGGAGUGUGUAUGUGUGGGCGUGUGCGUGCCCAUUCAUUUUCUCAAUGAUUAAAAAAUCAAUGGCUUAAGAUCUGGCUGAUGUUUUGUUUCCAUGGGGACUAAACGGUCUAUUGACAGACUGCUGAUGAGAGCAGAGAGAAACAGCUCAGGGGGAUGUGAGACACCAAAAGAAAUCAAGCAAAUAUUCACGUUUGUAGUUGCUUGAUUUAUUCCCAAUCCUUAUUGUGUGUAAAAUGCUAGAGCUGUGAUCUAGGAUGGGUCAGUUGUGUAAGAGUUAAUCUAAAGUCAGUAGGUAGGACAAGAUCCUGGGUCGGAUCAACAUUUUUAUUCACGGUAGAGUCUAAGAGAUGCAGAAAAUAACAACAGCAUCUGUGUAACAAACUUUUUCUCUCGGUUGUUAUUUCUCGCUAAACCAGUCCCGUAUCGCUGCCAAAGGACACAACGUGUUGAGUUUUGUGAUCGCUUCUUGUCUGUUUUCUUUGUUCGGUGUCAUUUCGACUUGGCUUGCUAAGUGUUUUAACAUCCCUCUAUUUUUUUUAAACCACGUCCUGUCUUCUUGUACCUGCCAACCAUCAGCCCCUGAUCUAUUGUUUCAUGCUUUCCAAAUAAAAUUAAUUUGUAUUUAAAGUAUCAGAACAAGUUUUCAGAAGUUGUCUGCUUCCAUUUUGACUUUAUGGUCUUCAAUUUUUUUUAUUUUUUUUUUUCAUUUUGAAUGUAAGACCUGCUAAUCCUGAGUGAAUCCUAAGUAGAUUGGUUUCCACUAAAAGAAAAGGAGUGAAGUAAAACUACAGUGAGGCUUCUGUGUUCAUUUACUAUCGACCGUUGAACUGAAACUCUAAGGGGAUGUGGUAAACCAAAAAAAAAAGGCGGCAUCAUGUUGCAGACAUCGAUGCACACAAAAAAGUGCAACAAGGAAAAACUCAGCAAGUAUAUCUGUAAUCUUUGGGAUUAAGAAGAAAUAUUCAAACACUUAAAAUGUUGACUGAGAGGCAAUAAUUAACUUUUUUAUUGGGUUGUUUUUUGAAUGGCCGUUUUUUGAACUCUGAUGAGAGCUUUUCAUCUGAUUGCAGAUACAUGAGAACGCUAGUGGCGGUGAAAGUUUGUUGCAGAUUAUGUGAAAAUAUCACAAAUUGGUUCAUAAUCCUUAAUGCAGAAUUUGAUAUGAUAUAAUGUUGAUAAAAUGUGUUUAAAACAAAACAAAGAAGACUGAGAAUGAGCAACUUGUGGCCAGACAUCUUGUUGAGCGGAGGCCAGGACUACCAUAACCAUAGACUGUAUAUACUGUGGACAACUUGGUUCCGCCUCCCGCCUGUAUACGAAUUUGAUGCCAAAAAGCUCUCAGUAUUUCCGCAAUUUUUCUUCAUUUAGUGAAACCACCACUUGCGCAGUAGCGUUGUACACAUUCAACGGGAAAGUCGCGUAUCCCCCGGGCGAGCUACGCAAUCCCUGAACGCUCAUAGGCUGGAUUUAUGACCUAUACUGCAGCCUGUCAACAGAGGGUGCUGUUCUCAGAGUGGCUUCACCCAGCAAGGAGGUAGACGCUGUCCAUUCUGUAUGCUGUCUAUGACCAUGACUAAAGGUAACUAAAUGUAAACUCAUCUAAAUCCACCCAGAGAUGGUUGGCCUUUUUAGCUAAUGGUACCCUCAUAAUGGAAAGAACAAGUGCGCCCAUAAACCUUUUAGCUUUACAAGAACAAGCAGUCUGAUUGUGUAACACUAGCUCGUUUACAGCCGGGAUUCAUUCGAGACCGUCUCCUCCACAGAUUCAUCUUCACGACACGAAGCUGAAGUCUCUGUCAGGUUUUAUUCAGACGAAAGAGAGAGCCCAGCUUUUAACAGCACUCACACAACUCUCACUGUGCCCCUAAUGGAAAUGGUAUUGUUCAAUUGGUUUUUAUGAUGGUUUUAGAUGACGUGAUAGGAGCGGCGAACGAGCCAGCUCAGUCCUAUUUACACGGAGGCAACAUCCUUAAUUAAUUAUAAAUGAUGUGUGUAUGUGUGUGUGAGUGUGUCACACUGUUCCCUAUUGUUAAUAUUAGUGUGACCCAGUGUCACCCAGCACUCAUCUCCUAUUCUCAUUUGCCUCUCUAACGUUUGAUCGUUAUUAGACGUGUGAUUUCUGAGAAUAACACGCUAACACAUCAGACAUCCACUGCCUCAGAAAACGACUGAACUGAGGGAACAGUGUGAGGGGUAAAGUCAGCCGGCUGCUCGCACACACUCCUGUUGAUCUGAAUGGAAGUCGCACGAACGUGUAAAACAUCGAAGUUUGAAGUAACGCACAAAAAGACCAAACUGAAGCUCAAACGGGGUUGUCUGAGGUCUCCGAUGUACGUGUGUUCCCGCUAGAUGAUGUUUGCAUUUAACUCUUAAUCACAACUACAUUCAUCCCACUCUCUGUUUGCCGUAGGAACAGGUUUCACCCCCUCUGAAGUGUGUAUAUGUUGGUUCAAGCUGUGCUGUGUAUGUGUCCUUAAGAAAGCAGGUUCAUGUAAGGAGAUGAAAAAGAGCUACCUCUGUCUUUCACAGUUUGGAUGUCAAAUAAAAAUCUUUACUUUCUACCCCCUCUGCAGGAUCCGUAUAUCUUUGAGCCCAACUGUAAGAUGAUGGUGGACGAGUUUGGCUUUUUCAUCACCUGGAGGAGCGAGGGGAAGGUACAACCUCCUUCUUAUUCUUUUUCACAAAGCCUCCUCCUCUGACUGUCCCUGUGAACCCAUUAAAAACAUGAUCCUUCUUUAUAAGACUGUAUUAAAAUAACACCUAUCAAUUUAAUGCCUCAGCAAAUAAACCUGAAGAGGUUUUUACAGCUUUGCUAGUCCGAUACAUAAACCAAACUGUCAAACAGGAACUAAAACAUGUAAAUGAAGAGACUUUUUUGACUAUAGAUCUCUUUAAAUCACCAUUUUUACAACAUAUUUAUGUAGUUAAUCAGCAAAAGUCUGCUGCUUAAAAGCUAAACCUCCAAAACAGACAACAAAUAUCCAGAGGUGGGGGCUUGACGAUUCGAGACUCGACUUGGACUUGAGUCCCGUUUUUGACUUGCUUGAUGAAAUCAGGAAAUGACUUGGACUCGCUUGGGACUUGAUUGCUAAAGAAUUUAGACUUGACUUGACUUGAGCCCAGUGACUUGAAAAGUCAAGUCUUUUCAAGUCACUUAAUUAGGGCUGCAACGAUUAGUCGACGUAAUCGAUUACGUCGACAUGACAAAUUCAUCGAAACGAAAAACGAAGCGUCGACGCGUCGUGUUAUUGUUGGUAAGAAUCACAUGCCGGCGCCUCAUGCUCAUCUAUAACUGCAGUGCAUUACAGGAUGUGCUGGGGGCAGUAGCGCUCGCUGUUUACAUUCCGCGAGCAAACACAGAAGAAGAUUGCACACAUUAUGGUAGAACAAACUGAAAAAGACGCUCCAAAACUCCGACCCAAAACUUCAAAAGUUUGGAAACAUUUUACGGAGAACAAACCAAAAAAACACGUUGAUCAAAGCUCAGCUUUCCUACCAUGGCAGCACCACGGCGAUGCAUGAGCACCUGAAACGCUGACACCCCGGAAAUAGGUGUUUAUAAAUAAAGAAGAUCGUGAUUAAUCGGACUACUAGUCGAUAGAUUAGUCGACAAAAAAUAAUCUUUCGUUGCAGCACUACACUUCAUACCUUACAGCAAGCCCAAACCGUUUAAUAGUCAGGAAUUACGGCUGUUGGUAACACCGUGUUGUGUUGCCAAGUCUGCUUAUUUCCCGCAAAAAAAAUUCGCUUGUUUUUGGCUUGUUUCUGGAGGUUUGUUUCCUUCUUUCUCUCACGAAACUUGGCAACACUGUCUCAAACUCUAGCCUCCCUCAUAACGACAACACCGGGAGGACUGAACAUAAAUCGCUCGCUAGUAUUGCCCGCCUGUUUCCACGUGUUGUCUUGUGUCAACACGUGUGAGUCUUCCUUAUUUUUGUGCACAUUGUCUAAGUUUCCAAUUAUUAAAGUUUUCCUGAUUAUUUUUUGUAUGACAUGUAAAAUAGUUUGGUUAAAACUGUACUAUGUAACUUAACACAAACAAGAACCCUUGUUUAAUAAUAAAUGCAAAUAGUGAAAAAUGCAACAUAUAACAUAUGGUUUAUGGCUUUGAUCUGACUUGUUUUUGACGUGAAGGAAAAGGUAAGGACUUGGUUGGGACUCAAGCCAAAAUUCCUAGGACUUGGUUGUGACUCGAAACAAAAAGUUCAUGACUUGGACUUGACUUUGGACUUGUCUGUGUUGACUUGGACUUGACUCGAGACUUGAGAGCAAAGACUUGACUUGGGACUUGCAACAUAGGGACCUUUCCCCACCUCUGUCCAAAACAGACAACAAAUAUCCUCUCAGAGAGGAACAACAUGUCAAGGAGGAUAUGUUGUGAGUGUUUAAAUCUUGAUAAUGAACCAUGAUUUUUAAAUUCUUGUUGGUUUUUAAAACACUAUUUCAUUUUCUCCUUCUACAUGGUGUCUUGCCUUUUUAAGCACAGAUCUAUUUUUGUGUAUUGUGUCUGCAGGAAGGCCAGGUUCUCGAAUGUUCCCUCAUCAACAGCAUUCGAGUUGGAGCCGUCCCAAAGGUGAGACUUCAGGAAACACAAUUUCCUCGCUUCACGAUAUUCACACUCUCCGCCCCCCUUCCCCCCCUGUCAUUCAGCGUCUCACUCCCACAGUGACACUCCUGGAAAAAUCAAGGGAGGCUACCACGUCACAGAGUUAUUCAUGCUUUACUAGCAGAGACAGUAGCAGAGUAAACCAUCAAUCUGGGACUUUCAGUGAUGGGCUCCUCUCUCUUAAACCCAGAUUCAUCCGUACGUAAACAGUGGAUAUCAAUCAGCCACAUUUUUUAAUGGUUUUUCACCGCAGCUGGCAGCCAGGCUCUUUCCUGUCAAGCUGCUAUGGAUCCAAAAACACGAUAAACAGAGAGCAUUGUUCCUCCUCAUGAUACAUGAUAUCGUGACCAGAUACUUGGGAAGACCCACUACCUCCAAUUAGGGUGCAAACUAGUUAAGCCUGUAAAAGUCGGCAGCCUGACUGAGACACUUGUGUACACUGAGCACAUAACCAUUACCAGGUUGUGUGUGUACUACUGACAGCAAGAGGUGGUCUGUUUGCUCGGUGCGGACGUGUGCGUAUGUACAUGUGUAAGGGCACGUACACAGAUACUGCAGCCUGAUAGCAGCUCCUCCUGUUUGUUCAAAGGCUGUCCUGUAAGUAGCAGACUAAGAGGAACUGAUAGCAGGGCUUCUCCUCAGAGGCUAACAUGGUUACACAAGCCCCCAGAGCUGUUUCAGAUAAUCCAAUGAGUGAGGAGAGAUGAAUUGUAUUGGAUGAUUGCCGGCAGAGGCUUUGAGAAAGGGGAGCCUGUUGCCUGUUGCUGGUAAUUCAACAGAAAUACUUAACUAUCUUCCACAGACACAGUGCUGGCAGACGGACUGCUGCGCCUUUGAUUGUGUUUUUUGUUACGCUGAUUGAACAGGAGAUCAGGAGGUUACAGGAGGGGUAUGAAAAAUUAUGGCUGGAGACGCCGCGGAAAGUUAACAGUGAAAAAGAAGCAGGGUCCGUGACUCACAGUUUCAUCAGUAAAUGUGAUUUUACUAAUCAAAGGGUCGUUUUCAUUUCCCCUUUGUGCGUCACAUCAUUAGCUUUUCACGUCAGGAAUGAGUCCCCCUCUUGCCAGCUUUUUGUUAUUCUGCUUUGGUGGUUUAUUUGUUGCUUUAAAAGGCUGUGAUGAAUUUUAACUACAGUGUGAAACAUAACAGUUGACAUUACAUAAGGCUCUGACCUUUGACUCAGUGUCUUUGUACAUGUAGGGCUUGUGCAGAUGGGGCAUUCAAAUAAAAUACUACUGACAAUAGUGUCGAAAGAUUCUUUUUUUUAAUAUCAUCCCUCCUUUAUUUUCAGCUCAAAGAAACAUUACCUGUAAUCUUUUCUCUUCUUUUUUCCCAAAAAAAAGAUCAAAGUUGCAUUAAAAGGUUAUUAUUAUUUAAAGUAAAUCAAGCUCUAGCUCUUAUAUAAAAAAUAUUUUUUGGGGUAUUUAUUGGGAUGCUAAUUUUGGAUAUGUAAAAAGCCCUUGUUAAAAAAAAGGAAUGCUUUUUAUGUAUCUAUGGUGGUACAAUUUAAAUUGUUAACUUUGAAGAAAACUUAAAGGUUGUUUUUAAUUGUCUCUGUGCUGUUGUACUGAGUACAACUGAUAGCAUCGCCUCCUACUGGCCUUUAGAGAUAAUACAAGUUAAAGGUUUUUGCAUUGCCUUCAUUGUAUUUUUUCUUCUCUCAAUUCUUUUGUUAAAAACAAACCCCUCCUGUCUUUUAUCAGCUGAUGGAGAUGACCCUUUAACAUCAUAUUAGCCGCUGCUUUUCACAGUGUAAUUUGGCGGUAUAUAAAUAACCUUACUGCCCAUUUGUAUGAGGUGUAGACCUCAUUCACAGUCGUUUCUGCUCAGAUCUACUCUAACAAAGAGGUGUCUGGAAUUAUACAGUUUUCUUUCCAGCUGAAAUAAUCUAAAUAUGGAAAUCAGUUGUUUUUUUUCUGUUUUUUUUUAGUUUUUUUUGUAAUAUCCUUUUUAUCCUUCUUUACUCGACUACAAGCUUUAAGAAUUAAAUGCUUAAAUAAACCCAUAAACCUUAUAACACCAUGACACUUUGCAAAACUUCUCUCUUAAACUUUCUCUCUCAUUGUUUUCCAGUCAAUACCUGUUUACUAAAAAAUUAUCCAAGGAAGGAAAUAACGCUUUUUUUCCCUCUGCUUUAAAUUUAUGCGGUUCCUGACAGCAACAAGUCCUGCCUCAUGUUUGCUUUUCUAAACUGUCUCUUUUUUUUCUCUCGCAGGACCCCAAGAUCUUGUCAUCAUUCGAGGCUAUUGGAAAGACGGAAGCAGACUUGGAGGGCUGCAUCAUCUGUAUCUGCAGCGGCACAGACCUGGUCAACCUUAGCUUCAUGUUCAUGGUGGCAGAGAACCCCGACACAGCCAGGGUAAAUACAUAAACGGCUCGCCGCUGUGAGGAUGUGAAAUGUCACAGUGAUAUCUUUGGGUUCAGAGCGAGGCUGCGAACGCUGCUCGCAGGCUUUUCACUUAUCUUAUUAGAAAUACACUUCAGGCAGCAUUUCAGCUCACAUCCGAGAUGGUCUGGAAACAUAUGUGUUCCAGAAACCCGGCCUAGGUUAACUCAUCCUGUGCAUUCGAGGUAGACCCCUAAUUCAUUCAUCUUUUCCACAUCACAUAAAGGCUAAUAGAACACAGCCUCACAGCGAAUACUUGAUUCACAGACAAAGCAAAUUGCCAAGUGAAUGGUUCUUAUGUUGUCUCCCACACACAGCAGAUCUGGCCUUGCUUCACUCUGAUGAAUAGACACAUUUGAAAUGAGUCAUACUUCUCUGUCUGCCCCCCCAUCUCUCUCUCUCUCUCUCUCUCUCUCACUUCUUCCUGCUUUCACUGUUACUUUCUCAUUCCUUUUGUCUUGCUCUUUGUUUUCUUGCUCUUUCUUUCUUUUAUCUGUAUUUUCUUCCCACUCAUUCAGGAAAAUCUGACUUUUGAAUCGAAAAGAAAAAAAGAAAAGAAAAACACCUCUCUAGCUUUGUUGCUUUCUCUCCCCAUCUUACUCAUCACUCCAUUUAUUUAUUUAUUUUAUGUGCCUUGGCGCAAACAGAUGAUGCCUCCUCUGCUCUCUUUUUGAUUCAAUCUGCAGUAGACGGUUGUAUCGCUGACCCCUGUUGGCAAACAUCCAAAGAUUGUACACAAUGUAAACGCCGAAUAAACAACUGCAUCUGCAGAUUAAAUAUCAGUUUCCCGGAGCUGAAUCGAUCCAGAUUUGAAGAGCGGCCUCACUUAGAGGAAAAAUCUAAAAACUGCAGUGUCAUUGGGGUAUGGUUGUAAUUCAACUCUCAGAGAAAUAAAGCCUGAGGGGGUUUAUUUUAACACAUACAGUUGGAAUUAUUGUAGAUUUAUUUACAACAGAUCCCAUUGAAAAAGACUGAAAUCUCAGAUAUAAGGUUUAGUUUCUGUUUAUCGACUCAGAGUUAGUCACAAAAGUAGAGCUUUGUUUCUGAAAGCUAAAGUGUUUUCCUGCAACAGCUGGGCGCUGCAGUUUCUCCCAAAAACAGUGCUCAUUUGUUUGGAACUAUUUUCAGCCGGGGAUUAAUACACAUUUUCUAUGCUAGUGAGUAUUUACUGCAGCUGGAUGCUUUGUGUGGGCUUGUCUCAAAAUAGACGCUGCUGUUCAUGAUAUUAAAGGAUCAAGUGCAACAAUGGGGCUCAUUGACAAGCUUUUAAUAGUUUUGGGACAACAAUGUGGGUCCAUUACUGAGAGAAGGAGCUUGAUAAGGAUUUGGCCGCACAGUUAAUACUUGAGGAUAAAUGUAUUGUUGGUCUCUUUGAAGGAUUUCUUUUUCAAGUUUUGAGCCUUAUCCCUGGUACAAGGCUUAAGAAGAAAUCCUGGGAAGAGAUAGAGAAGACAGUGGAAGUGAGAUAUCUUCAGUUUAGUGAAAAGUGCAGUAUGGCCAAAAGGAUUAGUGGUUUUGGAACAUGGAACAGCACUUUGACUACUCAGAAGGAGAGCAGGGUCUCUGCAGGUUUCAACAGGUCAAAUUUAAGACUUUUGAAAAGCUUUUAAAAGAUCCUAUGAAUCUAUUUUAAGACCCAGGGAACAUUUGACAUUACUUCAAAUCAAUCUUUAUUCCUAUGGGAUGUUAUUUAGUAGAGUUUAUAUAUUUUUUAAGAACUUUAAAAAAUAUAUUUAAUUCAUUUAAUGAGGAAAAUUUUUAGGCCUUAAAUUAAAAUUAUUGGAUUUUUCGACAUUUUUAGACUUCUUAAGACCUGGUGAUACCCUGGAGAGUAAUUUAAUUCAGGCCUCGGAUAAUAUAAAAAUGUCUCAUUAUUUUAAAUUUUCAGUUUUUCGACAUUUAUGAAAUAGUCCAAAAUUCAUAUGUAUGCUCUCAGGGACAAGAUUGGCAAAUUGUACAUUUAGAUAAGCGAAGACUGCUUUAGCCAGAGGGGGCGCCGAAGUUAACACAAACUGAAAGUUACUCACAGAAGCUUUAAAAUGGGAAAUUAUUGCAUAAUGUCCAGAGCUAUAUGAUCAGGGGAAUUUUAGAGAUCUUGAAGCCUUAAAUUUAAGUUAUUAAAUUUUGGACAUUUAAAAACUUCUAAAGACCCUAGAGAGUAAUUAAUUCAAGCCUCGGAAUAGUAUAAAAAUCAUACAAAAAUGUCUCAUUUUUUUUACAUUUUUUGUUUUUGGACAUUUAUGAAAUAGUCUGAAAUUCACAUGAAUGCCUUUUUAUGAUAUCUAAAAGCAAGAAAUGCCAUCAGGGGCAAGAUUAGCAAAUUGUGCAUUUUAGAGAAGCAAAGACUGCUUUAGCCAGAGGGGGCGCCAAAGUUAACACAAACUGAAAGUUACUCACAGAAGCUUCAAAACAGGAAAUUAUUACAUAACAUCCAGAGCUAUGUGAUCAUAGGAAAAUAUAACUUCAUAAAAAUAAGAGAGUAAAUAACAGAGAAAAAUCAGUAAAAGGAAAGAAGAGGAAAUGAAAUACGUAAGCGCUCUACUUGUUCGGUCUGUUAUAUAACCUCAGCUUUGACUGCAGAUAUUUGUUCUGUUUUUUUCAUUGUGCACAGGAUAUGUCAUGGGCAAAUGUUUCUCAGUGAAGGUUACUGAAGUGAUGCGAGUGGAGAAAGAGUCGGCUUUACUUGAAAAAGUUCAGCAAGAGUGAUACAAAGCCACAGCACACAGUUAGCCCUGAUAAAUACAUCUUUAUGUAAUCCACUCAGAUUUGUAGCUCUGAUGAAAAAGUGUCUGCAGAAGUCAAAAUCAAAACCCGAUUUCAGGGCAGAGUGAAGUGAAAAGUACGUUUUGUGCCAGCGUGGAUCACUUUUCCUGGCAUCAGCGUUGGUUUUUAUGCAUUUCUCAUGAGGACCUGUUUUUCUGGUGAUGGGUGUUACAAAUGAUGUUUGCACUCCAGGGAGCUCACUGCCACAGGGACGCCAGUGAUAUCAUACAGCAGGCCUGACGGGUAGAGAGCGAACACACACACAGACUCACACACGUACACAAAAACAGACUCAGAUACACGUCAUUGGUUUCAAACUUCGUUAUUCCUGCUGUUGCCGUCCCCCUCCCUCUCUCCCUCUCUCGCACACACACACCAUCAAACUCACCAUGACACCACCACCACCUCGCAGCAUGCAGGUGGCCCUAAGUAGCAGACCUUGGGAGAUGACAGAGUUAUUUACAUCAGCAGACACACACACAAACACACACACACAGCUUUUUGUACGCCACUAGCCCAAACAGACACCGCCUGCUGCACCUGUCAUCUAGUUACUGUUUUGAUAGUGAUGGUAGUAAUAUUUGCUGCGGGGGGAAGGAGUGAGAGACAUUCAGAGACGGGGAAAGCAGAGCGGUGUGUGACGUUUGUGUUGAUGCAGUCAGCGGAGAAUUCAUGUACAGCUACAAGGUCUCCUCCAUGGCUAUUUGUUUACUGUCACUGCAAGCAGCCUUGAAACACACCACUGAGUUUAUCAUUGUAUGUUUUUUUUUGUGUGUGUGUGUCCCUGUCAAGGAACUUCUCAGGGUGUGCGGUGUGUGUAUUUCUGUGUGUAUUUAGAGUCAGUUAAUUAGCUUGUGUUAUUUCCCUGAAGACACCCACUUCUAAUCACUAUGCUACCCUCUUGGCUGCAGCGUGUGUGUGGUCCUGAGUUGGUCAGUGUGUUUGCAGUUUGUCUCCAAUCUUUGUGCUUGUUUGUUUGUUUGCAGAAAUGGAUCGAGGGUUUGAGGUCGGUGAUUCACAACUUUAAGGCCAACAACGUCUGUCCAAUGACCUGCCUGAAGAAACAGUGAGUGCGCUUUAUCUCGAACUUUGGAUCCCAAAUAGAGCUGUAAAUGUCUCUUUUUAUCCGUUUAUCAUAGCAGCUCUUAUAAUACUCUGUUCUUUGACAAACAUAAGAAUAAAGCAAGAAGCAAAAACAUAAAUCAUCGAGCUAUAUGACAAAAGAAACCUACACCAACUCAAGGUUUCAGCAGCUAGAGAACCCAAACAACCAUGAAAACCCCAAACCCAACACAAGAUAAUAAUAAUAAUAUAAGUCUGCUAAAUAAGCCUGAAGGAAAAUCAGCAUGUCUCUAAUCUCUCUUUGCCUCUGCUGUCUGUUUUUCCUCCUCCUUUUUUAGUUGGAUGAGAAUGUGUUUCCUCACCAAUGUGAAUGGAAAGAUUCCUGUAAGAGGGUAAGAAUCGCUCUUGUUUUCUGCAGCUCUGGACUGUUACAUUUGUGGUGAAAACACUAUGGAUUUGUUUACCGUACAUAUAUAUUCUCUCAGGCUUCACAAUAAGUAGAGCUCUGAUGUUUGAUGGUACAAGGACGGUCAUAAACGCAGAUAUAGUUACGUUUUAUUGCUAUAAAGAGAAACCACAUUCCAGUGGUGAGUAUUUAUAGCUCUGUAUUUGAUGAUGGUUUUACACCAGUAGAUAAAAGAUAAUGUGCAGUAAUCAAUAUACACCAUAUAGAGUUGGGCGGUUUGACGGUAUAAAAGUGUCUACCGGUAGAAAAUUUGCUAGACCGUUUAUACUGAAGAGAGAGAGAGCAGGUGUCUUUUGCAUCUCUCUCAGUCAGUGUGUAGUAUCUCUUUGGGUGCGUUUCCGUAUAUUCACCAGGGUGUCGUGUGGAGUUUGUUUGCUCAUUUGAUUGGUCAGGUUUGGGUGCGCUCCCUAUAAUCGACAGUGUGUCCAGCAGACUGCUUGGUAUAAUUUUGACGAAGAAGAAACAGCUUCACUGGUAGUUGUCAUGGCGGACGCGGAGAUUAGUGGCAGUACUGAGCAAACGGAGGCAGCCCUACCCACCCGACAUGAGGAAGAGGAGGAGGAAUCUGUUCCGAAAAAGGGCGCAAGUCAUGACAUCGGUUGUCUGGAGAUUCUUGGGAUUUAGAAAACCUGAUAAUGAUCAAAAAACAAUACUAUGCAAAGAGUGUUGUGUGGCUCUCGUUGCUGGAGGUAGAAACACCAGAAACCUCGUCCACCACCUAAAGAUGAAACACGCCAAGCUCAAUUAUGAGAGAUGCGUGGCGCACCCACUGCACCAAAAACUAAAGUUGCAGCAGCUCCUUUCAUACAAAAGAGCUUGGCGGAAUCUAUCGCCAAAGGUAUGCCAUAUGAUAAAAGGAAAAUGAACAACAGGGGGAAAAAAAACAUACCGUGAUACAAGACUUUGUUCAUACUGCCCAACACUAACACCAUAUAUUGAUCUUGACAUGAUUAAAUUGGUUUAUGAUCAUAUUCCUGUUUCAGAUAGUUUGAGCUGUGUCUUGCAACAACCAGCUAUCAAGGAAUAGCAGACCGUUGCUAUGGAAUCUUGCCCUCUAAUGACCAAUCAGGAUGAAGGAUUUUAAACAGCCGUGUAGUGAAGCAUUAUAACCGUUUAUUUCUCCCUCUUUCUUUUUUCCUCUUGGACAGCAUUACUCGAACAUUCGCAUCAGGGAAAACAGAGAAGGGGAUCUUUCAGGCUCUUAAGGACCUCGGCCUUCCGAGCGGAAAGGUCAGACGAUGCUAACUGUUAAACGCAGAGAGAACAUUUGUAUAUUUUAGCCUGUUAGAUAAUACCUCGCAUGCUUAUGAAUCGAAGCCAUGUUUAUCUUCCACAGAAUGACGAGAUCGAACCAGCAGAUUUCACCUUUGAUAUUUUCUACGCGCUCACACAGAAGAUCUGCCCCCGAACAGACAUCGAGGAACUCUUCAAGAAGAUGUGAGUCGUCUUUUUUUCUGAUCCUCUCCCCUCUUUUUUGUCCUUAAAUAUUGACAAACACAAUAACUCAAAGUCCAUACUAGAUAUUGACAAAUCUUUCAAUUAAACAGUCGUACCCUUGCCUUCUUUGUACCCAUUAAACCCUUCACUUUAAUGGAACGACUUGACACAGUGCUUAAUAUGUUUCUCCAGCGUGAGCGACUGCAUCAUGUUGGAAAUAAUCAGGACAAAUAUCUCUGCGCCUGCUGCACUAACUAUGUCUGGACAGCCUAACCUGCUUUGACAGUACAACAUUAAUAAAAUAUCAAGAUUAACAUAUUAUUACUGAGAGUGUAACAUGUUAGUGUGAUGCCCUUUUAAAGACUGCUUUCUAAUUUUAACCGUGCGAAUGACUUGUGAGGAUGUUCAUUUUGAGAAGCGUAACGUUUUGUUUUCUAAUUAAUUCCUUUGCAGCAAUGGGAACAAAACUGAUUAUUUAACUGUAGACCAGUUAGUCAGCUUUCUGAAUGAAGUAAGCUCUUUAUCAUUCAUUAACUUCUCUGUGUAUUUUGCUUGCCCAUGCCCUCUGUGACCCCCGCCCCCUUGCCUCCGCAUCUGUCCCACCUGUCCUGAAGUAGGUGGUAGAAGUUGCCUUCCAGACUGGACGCCUUUAAACCCCCCCCCUUAAAACGACAUUUAAUGAGACCCGUAAGAUAUUCAACUUCAAGUCGGUCUGCAAGAGCAACUUCAACCAACUCUCCCAUCCUGCAUUCCAACCCUCAUCCCUAUCCUUUAUGUUCUCCUGCCGUGGCUAGCCUCCCUGUUUCUGAUUGGUGUUGCCAUGGCAAUGGGAGGGUAGAGGCUUCUUAUCCUGUUGCUUCCUGCUGUCUGCGUCUGUUUUCUGUGGCCGUGCUCCUCUGUGUGGCUGAAUACCUGCUUAGUCUCCCACUGCAUGUGUGCUGCUUCAUCAGACCUGCCAAUGGAGCUGAAGCUUCGGUUAGAUGAAUCCCCCACCUGGCUGUGUGAGUGGGUAGUGGUUUAGUAAUGAUGGUUGCUGGGUUGUUGUUGUUGUUUUUUUUUUUUUUUUGGAUAAAGUAGAGCUGUCUUGAACCUCUCCAACACAUACAACCGCCUUGCUUUUAAGCAAACACAUAAUCACUGCACCUGUUAGAGCGGCUCUCAGAUUCCUGAAAACAUCUCAGGACUAUUUUGUCUAAAACAUCCUGCUUUGUAUUUCGUGAAUAUGACUCUCUAAGAAACUAGAUUGAUUAACCAUCAAGUCAUCCACUUUAGAAAAUUACAGCUCUUGAAGUAGGCACUGUCAGCACCUUGUCCCAUGUUGCAUUAAGUUGACCCCCUGUCCUGUGUGUCUUCGCAAGCUAUUUAUUUAUGUUUUUUACAGACGUAUAGUUUGUGAGUAAACGGUAUGUUUUUGGAUCAAUCUGUGUUUGCAUGUGUUACCCUCAGAACCAGCGUGACCCUCGUUUAAAUGAGAUCCUGUUCCCGUUCUACGACCCCAAGAGAGCGACACAGAUCAUCGACAAAUACGAGAGAGAUGAUGCCCUCAAGAAGAAAGGUAAAAGAGAAGCAGAGAUACCUUGGUCUGUACUGCCACCUGCCUGUGAAUAUUUGAAACUACAGUGUGGUGCAUUAAAGGUGGGGUAGGCAGGAUCUGAGGAAGUGCCAGUUUUUGGGAGAAAUCUUGAAUGUAAACAUUACCCCCUCCCAACCAGUUUUCCCCCUUAGCUCCUCCUCUCCUCUCGGUCUCUGCUCCAGCAAGCCCCGCCCACAAACAGACGCUUGUAUCGUUCCAAUUAAAAUCAGAUAUAAUGCAGAUAAAUACUUCAGAUUAUUACAAUGGGGCCCAGUCAACGUGAAAGUAAAAAGCAUUGGUGCUACUGUAGAUGACAACAGACGACCAACAAACACAAUGUUUGCAGGACUUCUACAACUAGGAUAAAGUGACAUAGUCCAGGACCCGAGGUCAACUGUUUAGCGGUGCUACAACACGCAUCAGGUCCCAUUUGACAAGAAACACUUCUGUUACACUUGGUUUACUUUGUUAAAGCGGUUUACCUGUCCAGCAGAAAGGUUACAGGGUCUGUAAGAUCCCAAAGCAUCCCCCAUCAUUGUUGACCCGGCUUUUUUAGCUCUUGUCCGGUCUACCUCCGUUUUAAGCGCCUGUUGUUCCACCAGAGUCUCCAGUAUUUACUUAGUUUUCUUGCUUGUGUUGGUGGUCGUGGCCAAAAGAGGAUCCAGACAAUUUUCCAUACUUUCUGGUUGGUUUCUACUGCCCGAUAUCGUAGCACGUUAACUUUGUUUGGGGAGCAGCAUCCGCCUCACAACCAAUCAGGUUGGGGGAGGCGGAGAACGGCUUUGUUUACAGUCAGAAAUGUUAAAUUGUUGACUACACAGACAUAACAAAAGACAGCGAUAUCUUAUAUGUUACCAAUGUCAUCAGUAACUAAUAGCUAAUGACUGAUAUUAAAAGCUUUUUUGUAUAUACACCACAAAAAAAGAUGCUUCUUUAACGGAUUCCCGCCUACCCCACCUUUUAAGUUUAUCAUUACAUCGGUUAGUGCUGAAUAUCUGCAUUUUUUAAACUUCAUGUUAAUACUUUAAAAGGAUUACACUACUACUUUCAGUCUCAAGCGAUAACCUUCCUUUUCUUCUCUCCAGGUCUCAUGUCUAGUGACGGCUUCUGUAGAUAUCUGAUGUCUGAUGAAAAUGCUCCAGUUUUCUUGGACCGGCUGGAGUCGUACCAGGAAAUGGACCAGCCGCUGGCCCACUACUUCAUCAGCUCCUCCCACAACACGUACCUGACUGGGAGACAGUUUGGAGGGAAGUCUUCAGUAGAGAUGUACCGCCAGGUUCUGCUGUCUGGAUGCAGGUACAGAUAAAAUCUUCUAAUCACAUGGUGUACAGUUAGAGAGUCAAGUCAAAGCUGUAUACUUCACUAAAGUUUCUCUGUUUCCUUCUCUUCAGGUGUGUGGAGUUGGACUGCUGGGAUGGAAAAGGAGAAGACCAGGAACCAAUUAUCACUCAUGGAAAGGCCAUGUGCACAGAUAUCCUGUUUAAGGUUAACGCACACAAACACACACUUUCUGACUUUUACCUGCAACACUUUGAAGUCUUUUCCUCUCUGCUUUAAAUCGGUGUCAUUGAACGAGGUAUGGCUGCCCUCUGGUGUUGAAAGUUUGGUAUCGCGUUAGUCUGAGUUUGUUCCUUGUUCUCAUGCUUCAUCUCUUCUUCUUCUUCUUCAGGAUGUCAUCCAAGCAAUCAAGGAGACAGCAUUUGUUACUUCAGACUACCCAGUUAUUUUGUCCUUUGAAAACCAUUGCAGGUAUGUACAGAAGGAGUAAUGAGUGACGGUGAUUUUACAAAGUGUUUUUACUCUGAGUUGAGAAUAAUCUGUUUGUUUGUGUCGUCAGUAAACCACAGCAGUACAAGAUGGCCAAGUAUUGUGACGAGAUCUUUGGUGAUUUCCUCCUUAAACAACCUCUGGAUAACUUCCCUGUAAGUACUCACUUUCUUAUUUAAAACUUUCUCAGAGUUUAUCGUCACAAGUGAUUCUCAUCCAUGUUCAAAUGUAUGAUAAUAAACUACAAUGGGAUGUAAAUGAAAUAAGAAAUGCAAUAUUUUCCAGAUAUAAAGAGAAGUGGAGUAAUGAUAUUUGGUAGAAACCUAAGUUGUGAUCUUAUUGUCUCAUUAAGGACAGGUACACUGCUGAGCCUUAUGUGAAAUAUAAUUUAAGCAGAAGACAGCGAUCUCUAUGUGCACAAAUACGGUCAGGAACAUCACCAUUACCAGGAGGAGAGAUGGUGUAUGUUUUGCAAACUAGUUGAAAUUGAAAAUGAGGUUCACUUUUUGUUUUACUGCCCUAAAUAUAGUGAUUUAAGAGAGGUAUUUGUUCGUUAAAUGUCUUCUAUCUAUGUUGAUUUCCUUGAAUUAGGUGAUUAUGAAAAACUAAGGGAGACUUUAUUGUAGCAGACUGAAUUUGUCAAGCUUGGGAAAUGAGACAAAACAUAUUACAUGGCUUUGAGUUGUAAUGUAAUCUAUCUAUCAAUCUAUCCAUCCAUCCAUCCAUCCAUCUAUCUAUGAUUUUCUUCAGAUUGAAUCUGGGCGCCCCUUACCCUCUCCAAAUGACCUCAAACGGAAAAUCCUCAUCAAAAACAAACGCUUGAAACCUGAAGUUGAACAGAGUAAGGAAACAUUUCACACUCUUCAACUCAUAUAUUCCUUUUCUUUAUUAAUGUGUGUGUUUUUUUUUAACAAGUGUAUGUGUGUUGUGUGUUAUACAGAGCAGCUAGAGGCCUUUAAGAAACACAUGGAGGCGGGAGAGACCAACACCCCAGCCAUCAUCAUGGGGGAGGAGAACGAAGAGGAGACAGAGAACGGUCAGCUGACUCACAAUAUGGAGUAAAACUGUUUAUUGGUCACUUUAUAAAGGAGGAUUUAAUAUACACAUCAUAACAUUCAUAAUCAUAAUAGGAAAAGGAUAAAGACUGAAAGCACAAAGUAAGGAAACACUUUCCACAAAAAUCGAUAAUGUGUGUUUUAGACUUCAUGUGAAUUUGCGUUUGUUUGUGCAGGAGAAAAAGAGACUGAGGAUAAAGAUCUGAAUUCAGAGGCCCCCAGCAUCCAAUCAGAGGUGACCAGUGAGAAAGACACUAACAGUGUUUCCCAGACUAACGCCGUGAGCACUGGAAAAGAGGAAGAGCGCAACAACAGUAUCAAAAAGGUGCUUUGUCUAAGAAACACUUAGUUUGAUUGAGAGUAAGAUCCUUUUUGUUUUCAUCAAAGAGCCGCAGAGCUGAGAUGGAUGCUUUGAGGAAACGUUUCAUUUAACAUUUCCGAGUGUCUCGCCUGUUUCUAGGUGCCUGAUGAUGAUGUCACAGAGAUAUCAGAAGCCACAGAAGCAACAGAUGCCACAGAUAUCUCUGAAGCAUCCGACAAAGAAAACAACAAAAAGGUAAAACCACAGUUUUCCUCCCCACACAGACGGAUCACUCAUAUAUCUCAGUGUGCUAAGAAGUCUCUUUUGUGUGUGUGUCUCCCGUGCAGGGCGGAGAAGGUGGAGAAGAGGAGAACUCUGAAGAGGCCCUCAUAGCUCAGUACACAUAUGUAGGAGCCACCACCAACAUCCACCCGUAUCUCUCAGCUAUGGUCAACUACGCACAGCCUGUCAAGUUCCAGAGUUUUGAUGUAGCAGAGGGUGAGAUUUUUACUGUUUUUAACUCUGCGGUGACUCCUAGUUUGACUUGAAGUUGUUAAACCUCUGUUCUCUGUCCCAUUUAUCCUCUUUCCUCUCUGUCUUUCAGAUAAGAACAUCCACCACAACAUGUCAUCCUUCAACGAGUCUGUUGGUCUCGGCUACCUGAAGACGAACGCCAUAGAGUUUGUCAAGUAUCCUUUGACCUUAAAGUCAUAGCUGUGCUGUAUUUGUCUACACUGAAAGAUUUUCUUAGGGAGGAAAAAUACAGAGUGAACAAAGAUCCAUCAGUGUAAGAAAUUUAGUGCUUAAAACAAUUACUGUCAUUGAAAUCAAGCAUCCUCGUGUUUCUCGAUGUCUGUGAUUAAAGCUUACUUUAACCACUUGGGGGCAGAGGAAAUUAACUCUUCAUACUGUACUGAGGUAACACCACAGUUUUGGUUUAUAUGGCAAACUCAGGGCACCUAUGCAAGUAUGGAAAGUGUGGAAAAGUCUGGAAGUAAUUUGAUCAAUUUCCAGGUUUAAAAAGUAUGGUAAAUGAAAAAAUAAAGUAUAGAAAAAUGUUUAUUUUCCAGAUUAUUACCAGGGUAAAAAGAAUGCCGUUUUCUAAAAUAGAGAAGUUGGUAUUUCUAUAAAUAAUUCAAAAAAGUAGGGUAUGGAAAAGUAUGGAAAUUCCAACUAUGUAGAAACCCUGCAAACUGUUGGCCAUCAGUUUCCUUUUGACACAUCCAGUAGUUCCUUAGCAACAAAACUAUUUAUUCAGAGUUGUCUCUUUUUUUUUAUCUUUGUCUUGCACAUUACCCCUCUAUUUUCGUCCCUGUGAAAAAAUAGUUGUUUAUUAUGCACUACACUUGUCAAGGUUGUUUUCUGUCUGUGCGCCGAGUCCAAAAAGAGUCCAUAUGAGUACGACGGGACUAAAACACAGUAGUGACGUUUAUAAGCCCAGAAGCAGAACAACAAACAGCACAACAGGAAUCCUCUUUUACUAUUUCACAUCUACAUACGCGACACACGUCAGGUGAGACUGAGUCUAAUAAGGUCAGAGUUUAACUUCACAGAUCGAGGUCACCUAAAUGAGAGCUGGUGGAGGGUCACAGCGGAUGUUUUUUAGACAUAUUUGUUUCCACUCUGCUGUCGGAAAGAACAUGAGGCCUCUGGAGGCUGCUGGACUCUGUGGCUUGGCCUGACACACAUGUACUCUUUGCUUCUCUCUUUCCCCCCUGCACCCCACCCCACAUGGGACUGCUUGACCCAAGCUGUUCGGACUGAAAAUAGCUCUGCAAUCUGUUUUAUACACACACUCAAACCCACACUCACACAUGUGUUGGAACACACAUAUGCUCUCCCCUCUCUUUUUUAAAAAUGUUCCUGAGCUCCAGUGCAGCUACAACAAGCGUCAGAUGAGCCGGAUCUACCCCAAAGGGGGCCGGGUGGACUCCAGUAAUUACAUGCCUCAGAUCUUCUGGAACGCAGGCUGCCAGAUGGUCUCACUCAACUUCCAGACCCCAGGUACCACAGCACACAACAUGUGACCUUUGACCACACACACACACACACACCCAUACUCUGCACACAGCAUGAAAAUAUUACAGACACACAUGUGUGCACUCGGUCAACUCUGAUCAAACAAAGAGCAGCAGGUGGAUUUCUGAUCCCACACAUCCAGACGUCACACUGAGAGCAUCAUCUACAUCCUCUGCAUGUGCCGUCUGGAUGAACACGGACCUACUAAUCCAUCACACACACACUCCAAACCUGCACAUACACAAAUCCACAUACACAAAAGGCGAAGAAGGGCAUUUCUUACAAAGUUAAAGGAUCAGUUCGCUUCAGUUUUAACCCGACAAACCCUGUUACACACCCAGAUACGCGUCGUAUUUUUACAAACUGUCACUGCCGCACACACACCUACGCAGUGACUGAUGCCUGUUGGAAAACAGCUGCUGCCCCGUGGCUGGAGGCGAAAGGGGGGUCGGACCAUAUGGCCUGCUGAGAGCUGAGCAUGUGCAGGGCUGGAGGGGGGGUCACACAGGAGAUGGAGCUUCUGUGAUGUUUGAAGGAGAGGAAAUAAAAAGGAAGACGGUUCUCAAACAUGAUGAAAAUUUUUUUCUGUCCCCCCUCUCAUUCUCUCUCUCUCUCUCUCUCUCUCUCUCUCUCUCAGAUCUGUCCAUGCAGCUGAAUCAGGGAAAGUUUGAGUACAACGGCUCCUGUGGGUGAGAACAGCUCUUCGCUCCUCUUCCUCUCUCAUUCCGUCCCAUCCCUCCCUUCUCCGCCCCUUCCUAAAGCUCAUCAAUUAAAGCAUGUCACAUCUCAUUAGUGGUUGCCGGUAGCGAUCGUAGCUACUGUCUGCCCCAGGAGCCAAUGAGUGCUUCGGGGGAAGAGAGUUCCUCUCCGCCCGCCUCUCCGGCUCUCUGCAGUCAUCUAUCUCCUCCUCUCCUCAUCGCCGUCUCCUUCCCUCGGCUCUAAUACUGUCCCCGAGGGCAGAGGCUUCUCCGCUAAUGCUGAAAAUCUCAUAUGUGGGAAGAUCAGGGCUUUUGAAGACACCCAUCAUUACUAAUGUCACUCUGCUGUGCCCGCAGUUAACACACACUCACACACACACACUUGCUCCCACACACAAAGCAGAGGUACCUUCCCCUCCUAGUAGAUUAAAACAGAGCUGAGGUUCGAUUAUAUAGUGAAAAAUCCAACGUGGGGCUACUGACACUUUAGUGACUGAUUCUAAUUUAAGGAAUUGUUCAAUAGAUUUUGUCAUGUGUGUGUUUAUCUAUGUGUGUGUGUGUGUGUUCCAGGUACCUGCUGAAGCCUGAUUUCAUGCGGCGGUCGGACAGAACAUUCGACCCUUUCUCAGAGACGCCCGUGGAUGGUGUGAUUGCCGCGACCUGCAGUGUACAGGUCAGGUCAUCUGACAGCACACCUGUGUUUGAAAACAUUACACACACUCGUGCUGAAGUUACAACUUAUUAGACAAGCGUUUGUAUAUCAGAAGAAUCAGAAUCAGAAUUUGAUUUCCGGUACGGCUCACAUCUCCUGUGUUGGAUACAUACACGCAUGCAGAACAAACAUAAUCAUAUUUGUAAAAAUCUAACGAUGACACAAACUGCUGCAUUUCCAUAAAUUCAAUAAAUUAAUUGUUUGAUUCAAGAGGGUUUGAAUUUUAGGCAUCCUUGAAUUUUUUUGGCAUGUAAAAUGUGAUAAUUUGAGUCAUUUUGAGCAUUUAGAAAUAAAGUUCUGUUCUGAAAGUCUGUUCAUUUAACCUUAAACUUUUUCAUUAACCAAGAUAGGAAGAUAAUUUUUUGUUCUUAAAACAAUAAUAAUAAUAAUAAUAAUAAUAAUAAUAAUAAUAAUAACACAGGACAUCAGCACAUGGAAAUAAAAACAAAUUAAAAACAAAAGCUCAGUCAAAACAAAGCCUCUGGAUUGAAGGCCAGUUUUAUUUGUCAUAAGGAAUCCAGACAAUACAAGAACCUUACAACAUAAAAUGAGACCAUGAGGAACAAAAUAAAAAUAUAAAAUAGGUAAGAAAUAUAAAAGGAAGCAGGAUAGAAAAAGGAUUCUAAACAGAUUUUCUUUUGUGGUAACGCUUUCUUUUACAGUACACUUAUUACCAGGUAAUUACCAUGUAAUUACCUAGUUACAACAUAAAAUUAUCUGGUAAUUACAUGAUAACUACUAAGUCAAUACUGUCUAGUUUUUCUUUUUCUCUUUUUUCUGUGCAGCUCCAUUUUCAAAAGCUAUUUGGGGUUCUUAUUUUCUAUGAUUAACACUUGACACAGCCUAUGGGCGUGCGAAGAUUGCGUAGCGAUACGCUGUUUGAGCCGAGCGUUAUCACAGCGACUCACCCGCCGAAUGUGUACAAUGCUACUGCGCAAGUGGUGGUUUCAGGAAGCAGAGAAAGCAAUUUAAUGAACAGAUUUGUAUGAUGAUCUGGUAGCUAGACAGUAUUGACUCAGUAGUUAUCAUGUAAUUACCAGAUAAUAUCAUGUUGUUACUAGGUAAUUACCUGUUAAUUACCUGGUAAUAAGUGUACUGUAACAGAAAGCGUUACCCUGAUGCCAACUAUGUUAAGCUCCAAUCACAAGAUCAUAACUCUUGUCAGAUCUAAAGGUUUAUUAAUAUUUAAAACUGUCUCCCAUCUGUACAUUUUCACCUUUAGGUGUUUUCGGGGCAGUUCCUGUCAGAUAAGAAAAUCGGCACAUACGUCGAGGUCGACAUGUACGGACUGCCGACGGACACCAUCAGGAAAGAGUUCCGCACACGCAUGGUGAUGAACAACGGCCUGAACCCAGCGUACAACGAGGAGCCCUUCGUCUUCAGAAAGGUAGAGAGAAGGAAUUUGGGGAGGCAAAGCAAGCAAGCAUUCAGACGCUGCCUGCAUUAUGACGAAAGCUGCAAAAUUUCAGCAACCAGGAGAAAAAAGAGGAAGCAGAGAGCAGCUGUGAUUUAGGUUGGAAGUUUGCUUGAUUGGAUAUACUUACACUUUGAGAGAGAGAAAAGAUGGAGGGGCAAAAAAUGUAAAAAAAACACAUUUUUGAACUAACAAGGACUAAAACUGAGGCAGAAGAAUAGUGGUUUCUAAAUAAUACUGCUUCGAAUAAAGACAGGGAAGAAUUAUUAUUGUCAUUUGCAAAAGUAUCCCAAACCAAAACAGAGUGUGACAAACAUAAAAAAGUAUUUCUGUUUUUCUUCAGUUCAGAGUAAGAGACCAGGGCGGAAAUAAAAGGGCACCAAGAACAAAGGAACCAAGCGAGGAAAUAAGAAAGAAACAAUCAGGGAAAGAGGAAGAAAAGAAAGAACGAGAGAUAUCGGAGAUAAAGAGAGGAAAAGAGAGAGAGAAACGUGUGUGUAUGUGUGUGUGUGUGUGUAAUAGUGCUGCUCUCAGCAGAAUGAGGAGUCUCUCAGCCAUGACUGUGACUCCAGCUUCCUAACACACACCAUCAAUCACAGCCUGCCGCAGUGCUGUUCUAGGCGCACGCACACACACACACACACACACCCACACACCUAAACUUACACAGUGCUAUCAAAGAGGGGCAUCACACAUAGAGCUGCCAGUAAGGCUUGUUUCUCAUAUCUACACACAAAUGCCCCCAAAUACCGACACGCCUUUAACGUGCGUUCACACGCGGCACUGUCAGAGCGAGCGACACACACCAGCAGCGUACUUACAGAUGAUGAGCAAAGCUACACAGUUAGGUAAGCACAAAAACAAGCCAACACCUCCGCUCAUUCAUCUCUAGUGAGUAUUUCCCGGCCUUAUCUCCUGCCUUUCCGUUCGUCUUAUUAAUCAUCUUCCUAUCUGCGCUCACUUAGCUCCACACACACAAGAGUCUUUUUUUCAAGGGUGUGAACAUAGAGGCUCAUGCAAAGACACAAGUUACACACAGACACACACAGACACACACACACAUACAUAUAUACAAGAUAUGCUCUGCUCCCUGUAUGCGUAGUGGCAAGGGAGAUGGCCUUGUCAGAAAUAAGAUAUGCUGUGUGUUUGCUGCUAUCAUGCACUCUCCCUGUAUCGCUCCCAGACUGUUCCUGAUAGUGUCCCCUGCUGGAUCAUCCUUGACCUUGCCCUUAAAGACGCAGCUUUUACUGGAGCUUAAAAUAGAGGGACUUUUUACCACGCUGGCUGUAAAAUAGUUUGUUUGUCUAUUUCUGCGCUAUAAUGACUUACGCAGAGUUUACAAGUUUUUUAAGGACGAUUACCGACCCCUAAACGACUAAUUUAUUUGUCCUACUUUUCAUUCUCACACUCAACUCCUUUUUUUUUUUAACCAACAUUCUGGCUCCUUCUCCCUCCCGCACGACGUCUCCAUUCAUCCCCUCCCUCUUAAGGUGAUCUUGCCGGACCUGGCGGUACUGCGCAUCGCCGUUUACGACGACAACAACAAGCUGAUUGGACAGCGCAUCCUGCCUCUGGACGGCCUGCAAGCCGGCUACCGGCACAUCUCGCUGAGGAACGAGGGCAACAAGCCUCUGUCGUUGCCGACCAUCUUCUGCCAAAUCAUCCUCAAGACCUACGUGCCCGACGGCUUUGGAGGUGAGACGGAAACAACACACAGAUAAGAAAACUUUGCAGCUUAAUGAGUGUUUGUUGAGUUUUUUUUUACACUUUGUGAGUUUGGAUGAUGAUAAAGUUGCUCGUGUAGCCUUUAGGGAGGAGAGGAAAAAAGACAACUCUCUCUCUUUCGCUCAUUUCCUCUCUGCCUCUGGUUAGUUUGAACAUUCAGAGUAAUGGCAUGGUGCAAAUGAUGAUGACAGUGAAUCUGCAGUAAUAAACAGUUUUAAAACAGGCAGCAGCAUACAAAUGAGCAGGACAAUUGGAAUCGUCAUUAAAUAAAGCCAAGGGGCUAGCGCUGAGGAACCAUUACUGUAACCAUUAGCUUUUCAUCCCGGAGAUCUGCUGCCAGAAUCACUUUACUUCUCCACACACAGCUCUGUAACAGGAGCUGGAAAUAAUUAGAUCUUAGUCUUUCUUCUUAAACAAGAUUCUUACCCGGUCUUUACUAAUACACUGUGUCAGAAUGAUGAAGCAGUUUUUUACGAUGCAGAAGGAAAGCCUUUGAGACACUUGAGUAUAUAGGAGGUAUAAGAUUUAACGUAACACACUCUACCAGCCUUUCUUAUCGUAAAAUAAUCAUGGCACUUCUGCAUCCUUCUCUCCACAAUCUGUAUCACAGCUUUCUAUUUCCAUACAUGAACUAUUGUGAUAUUGUACGGUGUGCAACGUAUCCAACUUUCCUCAAGAAAAUAUUAUUAAUCCAGAAAAGACUUUUAAGAAUGAUAUCACGAUCCAGCAAACACGAACCUUCUGCACCUCUCUUUCCUAAAUACUCCAUCUUACCGAAUGACAAACUCAAUGUCUUUCACUCUUGUGUGUACGUCCACAAAUUCAUCAAUCACAAACAAGACCUUCCUGAAAAUUCAUCCGACCUUCACCCGUACUCAACAAGACAAAAUGUCGUCUUCAGUUACCUUCAUGUCGAACUUCUAGUCAUCAGUCUAGCAUCACUUUUAGAGGUCCGAAACUGUGGAAUAAUCUGGAUGCAUCUCUAAAAACUCCUUAAAAAUAUAAUUAAAAUCUCGACUAAUCAUGUCUUAACUACGUCAUUAUUUGUUAUGAUCAUGUUUCUUUCCUUUUUAUGAAUACUUUAUUGUCUUUAUCACUGUUUGAUGAAUAGUUUGUGUUCCAUUUAUGGAAAUUUGUAUCUGUUUGACCUUUCCCUAAUCACUGUACAUGUGUAACCUGUCUAUGUCCGAGUUACUUAGUUGUCUGCACCUUCUGCUUUCUCUGCCCUGACGGGAGUGGAACUUUGUAUAAAACUAUCGGUUUCAUUCCCUCCUUGCACUGUUUUUAAUCUGUGCUAAAUAAAUAAGUACAAAAUACAAAUACAAUGACCGCGCGUAAUGCUGCUCCAGUUUGCACGUGCAUUUCAAACGUGCUAAAUAUAGACGCAAAACAGCGACCGGUUUCCGAGUUUGAUAAAUCUCACUGCGGGUGCUAAAUGAUUCCAUUUGUAUCUGCUCCUCCCAGAAUUUUUCCGCGUUUUGAUGAUCUACAUACAUUCUGCAUAUUCAUGAAGGCAAACACGCUAAAUCGACUGCGUGUGCUGUUUUGCUCAUUUGACAGACGCAAUCCUCGGUGCACCCAGUUAGUAGAUAAGGUUUGCCGCGCUAUCAAGUUUGCAUGUGUUUUUCCACACGCAAACCUUUAGUAGACCAAGCCUUUGAUGUUUUAAAACUCUAACAAGAAUAAAAACAGAACUCUUUCUCAAAAACUAAAAAUCUGUUUCAUUUCUUCCAGCGAUUGUGGAUGCCCUAUCAGACCCAAAGAAGUUCUUGACCAUCGCGGAAAAGAGAGCGGACCAAAUGAAGGCGCUUGGAAUCGACACGGUACUCACUUUACAUCCAGCUACUCUAUAACCACCUAUGUAACUGAAUUUAUGCUGUAAAAAUAACUAUUUCCGCUUUGUAGAAUGACAUUGCAGAUGUUCCCAGCGGAAGCUCAAAGAACGACAAGAAGGGAAAGGGGAAAGGAGACACGGUGAAGGCCAGUGUGACACCUCAGGCCAGCUCAGACACGGCCCAGACCUCCAACUCCGCCCAAAAUAACACAGCAGAAACCAAGAAGGGUAAACACUCACUGCAAACGGACUCAUUUUCAACAUUUAAAUACACCUUAGCUAUGUAAACAGGGUUUAAAUGGACUUUUCUCUGCUGUUUCAGAAAAUGCACUCGUGCCUACUGUCUGCAUCGAUGACUUAAAACAAAUGAAGGUUGGUUUUGAAAAGUCCUACUCUUUAAUCUGCACUUUGAUAACUCAGCUUGUAGACAUGUUUAAUUUUCAGCAUGGAAUCAUCACUUAUAUAUAUAUAUAUUUUUUUAUCAAUAAAACAGUCUUCAGGAUUCCUACACAGUUGGAACUCCCAUACUUUUCCAUACCCUACUUAAAAAACCUACUUUUCUAUUUUAGAAAACAGUAUUUCAUAACUGUGGUAAUAAUCUGGAAACACAUUUUAUAUUUCAUUUUCUACACUUUUUAAGACCUGGAAAUUGAUCAAAUUUAUUUCUGUACUUUUCAUACUUGCGUAGGAUCCCUGUGUCUUUUGAAAAGUUCUCUCUUAAUGUAGAAAUGUGUUUUUUAUUUAAUCAAACUUCCUUCUCUCUCUCUCUUCUCUCUUCUCUCUCUGCAGACGUACCUUAAACUGAUUAAAAAGCAACAGAAGGAGCUCAACGCUUUAAAGAAGAAACACUCAAAGGUGGGUGACGGCUUUAGCGCUGGGCUGUCUGAUGCUGAUUCAAAGAGGCUGCUGCUUUUCCUGGACGGUCAUUAAAAACCUUCACCUUUUAUCUUAGUCUGCUGCAUACUGCUUCAUCAGCGUGUUAACACAAACACACGAUCUGUCCGAUACAAACACGCAUAAUGUACGUUUUGAAAUUAGGAAUUAGACUUGCUAAAACUGGCUUUGGCUUUGACCAGAGCUGAACACAGAGACCACGGUGGCUGCUGGCUCAUUCAUCGAGGUGGACUAAUUAGAGCGUAACAGUAUCGAAUCCUGUUGCAUAACACGUGUAAAAUGAUCGCACCCGGACCCAUCUGUUGACUGAAUAAUGGCGCGUGCUGGCUCAUGACUCACAGACAACAACAAUAACAACUGUACCGUUUGUUUUGUUGCAGUUUAUUAGAUCUGCUUAAAGAGGUUUGAUUCAGUUAUUGGUACGUGUUAAAACUGCUCUAACUCAGUGCAAAGAAAUACAUAAAGUCCCACUCUGAUCAAUUUUUUUAAUUACUUCAAGUGUUCUCAGUGGUCUUUGAAUUGUGAUUAUGAAGUUUUUAGCCAAAAUCAUGUUACCUGUGUCUUUUUCAAGGGCUUUUCUUCCGUUAGCUUGCAGCCUAACAUUGCCGGUGUAGUAGAAGUAGCAGGUAACAUAGGAGCUAUUCAACUCUCGGACAUUAAUGUCUUUAGGGACAUGACGAAAACUAUACUUAGCUUUCUUACAAGCAUUUCCACUGAGCAAAAGACAGCCAUUAAAUGUCUAGUUGUUUUUUUAACCUAAUUUCAACCUAGAUUCAACUAGAUUCUUUAUACUUUUAGACAGAAUUUAGACGUUGCACUUUAACCCAUUAUUCGAUAACUAUUAUUUCAAACAGCAACUGUGAGCUGCAGAACUGAUCUCCAAGUACUUAACCAAAAUAAUUAUGUUAGCCGUUGAGCAAUAUACAGCGUAGUAAAGAUUAAGCCCAGAUUUAGAUUUAGUCUAAACUUGGCCUAAAUUUAGAUAUCUAUGAUAAACUUUCAUUUUUAAACCUGUGGUAGUCUGAUUUUAGACCAGUCGUCUAGGCUACAUUUAGACAUCUAUUAGACCUCUUUUAGACCAAAAAAUGCUCAGUGGGAUUGCAAUCCGCUACUGCACACGCUUGUUCCAUGAUCGUCCUCUCUAUUGCCUCGAGCCUGGUCUGCAUAGCUCUAGGGGGCGGAGCUUGGAGUUGUGACAUAGGAAAUCUCACUGUUUCUGAACCUGCCGUUAGAGUCUGCCAGAGUUUCACAGCAACUUAUAUGCAGAAAUACUCCAAAAUUCAGUUUCACUCUUAUUUUUCUCAUGAUAUGCCCUAUAACUUUAGAAAAAUGCCAUAUGAACAUGUAGAAAACAAGAAAAAUAUGAUUUUCAUCGGAGUGGGUCUUUAAGAGAUAUCUGUGUUUACAUUUCUGACAGGAUCAAAACACGAUGCAGAAAUCUCACUGCACCCAGGUGGAUAAAAUGGUGUCUGCGCAUGAUAAGGAGAAAUCAACUCUGGAGAAACUGCUGGAGAAAGCCAUCAAGAAACGAGGGUUAGUGAAGAAAAAAAAACACUCUUCAUAAAGUCCUGAUUAACCAAAACGAACUUUCCUGCUGGUACUUUUGUAAGACGGGACCGCUUUGACUGAUUUGCGCUUUCAAAGUCUGAGAUUUUCUCCUCUGAAUGUUGUUUCCUCUCAGGGAAAACAACUGCCAAGAGCUGAAGAAGGAGACCGAAGAUAAGAUCCAAACUCUGAUCGCUGAUCACAAAGUCAAGGUAGCACGAAAUUUCUCAACCCAUAAAACAGAAUCAAUUCGACACAGUUAUUAGCUAGUAGAGUUUUUAAAACGUGAGCCCAGGAUAACCCCUUAUGUGUUUGUUUGUUUGUUUGUUUGUUUGUGUGCAGGUAAAGGACAUCACAGCUCAGCACACUAAAGAGUGGUCCGAGCUGAUCAGCAGUCACAGCAGCGAGGAGCAGGAGAUGAAGGACAGCCACGUCACGCAGCAGUGUGAACACCUCAAGAAACUCCUGGCAACAGUCCAGGAGCAGCAGACGAUGCAGCUAAAACUCAUCCAUGAACGGUGAGAGACUCACACACACACACAGAUGCACCCCCCGGACUGCAUGUCUGUGUAGAGUAGUUAAUUUGUCCGGGCUGAUUAUUGUAAUCACGAUUCCUACGAUUUCAGGCAGAGCAAAGAGAUGCGAGCUAACCAGGCCAAGAUGUCCAUGGAAAACAGCAAAGCCAUCAGCCAGGACAAAAGCAUAAAGAAUAAAGCAGAGAGAGAGAGGUGGGUCACACAUCCACUACAUCUCUGAUCUAUUAUCUUACAUCUAUAACUUGAUGGUCUAUGUUACUUAUAACACCUUAUAACACCAUGAUGUUGCUUUUUUUUAGGAGAGUGCGAGAGUUAAACAGCAGCAACACCAAGAAGUUCCUGGAUGAGAGGAAGAGGGUACGCUAUUUGCUCUUUUGCAGUUCAAAUAUUUACCCCAGAAAAAUACACAAGGACUCACCCAUAAGAUGCGCAGAGGCCAGGCUUGACUACCAUAGAGAUAUUUUUACAUCAGCUGUUCAUUUGCAGUAUAACAACACUUCAAAAGCUUGAGACUUGUCAGUAUUUUAACUGUUGAAUUAAUGCCUAUCACCUUUAUCUCUGUCUGUAGUUGGCCAUGAAGCAUCAGAAGGAGAUGGAGCAGCUAGAGAAAAACCAGAGAGAACAGGUGGAGAAACUGGAGAAGUUCAAUGAGCAGGUAUCCUUGUUGUCAGAACUUUACUCUUUAUCUAUUGAGGAUUUUAGCUGGAAUUCACACUGACAUUAACUCUCCAUUUCAACAUUUCAACAUCUAACUACCACAUGUAUCGGACACACUUCCCAGCACAGUGUUUCUGCCAAUUAUCUUUUUAAAAGUACGAAUCAAACAAUCGUAUAUUUCUUCUGUAUAUUUAGGUGUAUAUAAAGUUGUCAUAUUUCCAUCUCUUUGUUUUAGUUCAUCAUCUGUGUCACUGUCACCUGUACAUGUCUGCACAUUAUCAUUUGUUUUUAAUAUAAUUUGCUUCUCCCGCCACAGCUUUUGAAAUCACACCAUGCAAACAAACAGGUUCAAGGUAGGCAUCUCCAUCUCACUUAACACUACCUCUGAUACCAUCUCUCAUCGCUCUGAUACUGCAUUUUCCAUUCUCUGUCCUUCUUCCUGGCAGUCAUGUAAACAAGUGUAGUGCUUCGAAAUGAGUAUUUAAAUGAAACGCAUUUGAGUAAAUGAGGGACGUGAUACACAUCAGUGUUUUUGAUUUCCACGUUUCAUUCUGCAGCUCUCCUCUCGGGGUGUCAGCAGCACCAACUAGCAGCUUCAGACAUUUAUCACCAUGACUCACCAGCUAUUACUAAGCAAAAAAAAAAACACACAGCCUGCUCUCUACCUGCCCCACUGUGCUUUUACUCCCACCUGUUUUCAUUGCCUCUCAUAGUAACACCGUGACGGUGUCCCUCUGCAGGCAUUUUGUGGGAAACAUCACACAACACUCGUUAUGAGCGUACGGCGGUUUUACCUGCGAACGUAAAAGCAAGUAGAUGCUGAAGAGAUUAGAGCGCUCUCACAGAAGAGACGAAUUAUUUACAGAAAUGUUUAGAGAUGCAAAUACCAGACAUGUCCUCGCAGCAGCUUAGAUCCACGCCUUACACCGGAGAUCAGUUCCUCUGUGCUGCACUGAAACAGAAGCAUCAAAGUCAGGCAGUGUCUGGAUUGUAGGCAGAACCCUGUUCACAGUAUGGAAAGGUUUAUAGAAACUCACAACAGUGACAUUAAGAUCAGACGCAGCACUUUUGAACACUGUUUGAUCCAAAAAGUACCGUAUUUUCGGGAGGUGCAUUAAGCGAAACAACACAGUCUGUUAAAUCAAGAAUCAGAAUCAGAAAUACUUUUAAUAAUCCCCAGGGGGAAAUUGCUUUUGUCACAGUACUCCAGUGCAAAUACAGUAAAAAAGGAGAUAAAUAAUAGAUAAGUAAAAAAAAGUAAAAAUAUAGAGAUAAAUAGAUAAAGUAAGUAAAAAUAAAUAAAAAAUAUAGAUAAAAGAUGAAAUAAGUAAAAAUAGGUAAAAAUGUAGAGAUAAAUAUAUAAAAUAUGUAAAAAUAGGUAAAAUAUAGAGAUAAAUAUAUAAAAUAAGUAAAAAUAGGUAAAAAUAUAGAGCUAAAUAGAUAAAAUAAGUAAAAAUAGGUAAAAAUAUAGAGAUAAAUAGAUAAAAUAAGUAAAAAUAUAGAGAAAAAUAGAUCAAAUAAGUAAAAAUAUAGAGAUUAAUAUAUAAAAUAAUUAAAAAUAAGUAUAAAUAUAGAGAUAAAAAGAUAAAAUAAGUAAAAAUAGGUAAAAACAUAGAGAUAAUUUACAAGUAUUUACACUAUAAACAACAUAAAUAGUAAAAUCUUAUGUAUGUAAAACAGUGAGCAGAGUCCAGGUAAAGACUACUGACUGAUUUUUGAGCGCAUUGUACCACAUAAAAUUGGUCAGUAGGCACAACAAGUAAUCAUACAUAAGGUGCGCUGGAUUAUAAGGCGCACUGUCAAUUUUUGAGAAAAUGUAAGGAUUUUAAGUGCGCCUUGUAGUCUGAAAAAUACAGUAACUUGUCCGUCACAAUCUUUCUGUUUUGUUUGUAUUUCUCAAACAAACCCCAGAGAGUCCAAACAAUAAGGAAAAUCAAACUAAACUCACAAAGAGUGGGAUAGUUUAAACUUAUUUUCUUUGUAACCGAGUUAAAAGGCCCAUAAAUAAAUUCUGAGUUGAAAAUAGAUCCUCUGCAAGUGCUGCACAUUUGCAUCCUGCAUCUGUCUGCCUCUGAAUUUACUUCCUGUCUCCCUAAAGGCCAAGGACAUGCAGCAGAUGGUGAAGUUGGAGGAGGAGAUGGACCGCAGACCUGCCACGGUGGUGUGA